GUGGAUGAGUGUCAGGCCAUCCCCGGGCUGUGUGCAGGAGGUAACUGUAUCAACACAGUGGGCUCCUAUGAGUGUAAAUGUCCCGCGGGCCAUCGCCAGAGUGACACCAGCCACAAGUGCGAAGGUGAGUCACACACAGCCCACUCACUCAACCUCUGUGGUAAUACCAUAUUAUUAUACACAUUAUAUAACAAACUGGAAUGUAUUACGUACAGUGAAUUAAUGUAAUGGAAAACAUAUUGGUCUUAAAUUAAAGUAGGUUCAGUUAAGAAUUAGAGGAGGGGUUUUGAAUUGCGAGCGUAGAUCCAUUGUUUUGUUUUUUUGGCAGGGUUUCGUUAUACACUACUAUCAGUGUUUUGAAUACUUUUGCCAGACAGCCAGUGACAAUUGGCUUCUGUGGUUAUCUGGUCACUGAUAUGGAAAUCCACACACACACACACACACUCCAGUGAGGGGUCGCAUUGCUAUGUGUUGAUUGGGUGGAAUUUAAACAAUUUAAACAAACAGGCAGGCUGAGGCACUUUGCAAGGCGGGAGCUGUAGGUCUUGGAUGGUUUCCUAGUCUUUGGGGAGGUUGGAAAGAGCUCUGGGACUGUUUCAGCCAGAGGUAUUUUACCCACUUAACUACACUGUCUGAUAUGCUGUCUAGGAGUGUAAUUGUGUUAUGGUUAUGGUGUACAAACCAUCCCCUGACUCCUCACAGGCAGAAAGAGGCAUUGUAAUAAUCACUGAUCUUAGGGAUUCAUUAAGUCAGGGAUUCUCAAACUUUUUGGGGUCGGGGACCCCUUUUGUAAUAGCAAAUUAAUCAGGGACCCCCUGAUAGUCUACAAGGAGUUUUUACUAUGACGUCUGCAGUGCAUGGCUGGACGAACCAAGUCUCGGGCCCGGGGAAAGAACAUUUAAAAGUCCCGCCUCUUGGCAUCUGAGAUUUUCUUUUUCAGUUUUCAAGCUAAUUUCCUGCAAUUCUACACAUUUUGCCAUGAGGCAGAGAGAAAACUUUGCAGUUUUAAAGCUUAAAAUACAGUGAGUGCAUUUAUGUACAAAAAUAAAAUGGAAUAUUUUUCAGUUUAAAAAUUGAUAAUUGUACUGCGGAUACCAAUAUCCCUGUGAGCCUCCCAGGCCCAUGUUGCCCAGGGUUAAGAACAUACAUUGUAGAUUAAUAAUAUUAUUAAUAUAUUAGUAUUGUGUUACACACUUUAAACCUAUUAGACGGAUCCCAUGGCCAAAAGUCGUUUAAUCUUUUGUUAUUAAUAUUUAUUAAAAAGUUAGUAAUGUAAAAAUAUAUAAUAAUAUACACUGUAAAUAUUUUUGGGGAGAUCUGGCCACAGACCUCCACGGACCCAACUUUUAGAACCCAAGCAUUAAGUGAUAGGGCAGAGCAGACCGUGGCCAAUAGUAGGUCCUUUACCCACCUCACUCCACACCCAGUCAGUUCCAGAGGAGGCUGGUGGGAGGAGCUAUAGGAGGACGGGCUCAUUGUAAUGGCUGGAAUGGAAUAAAUGGUACGGUAGAAAACACAUCAAACAUAUGGCAACCACAUGUUUGACUUUGUUCCAUAUAUUCCAUUCUAGCCAUUAAAAUCCUAUCUUCCUAUAGCUCCUCCCACCAGCCUCCUCUGGUCAGUUCCCAGGGCUCCCCUCCCUCAUAUCAUUAACUACCAUAGAACCAGGGCUGAUGAUGCCCUGUUGAGUGAUGGAGAGAAACUCAGGCUCUGCUCAAAUACUUUGGAAAUUCUUCCUUUCCUCCUUCCUUCCUUCCUUCCUUCCUUCCUUCCUUCCUUCCUUCCUUCCUUCCUUCCUUCCUUCCUUCCUUCCUUCCUUCCUUCCUUCCUUCCUUCCUUGCUUAAAGAAGGAGAGAGUUGGUCUGAGAGAGUUAUGUUAGGGAGAACAAUAGGGUGGUACUUUUUCUUUUACUUAUCCAAUCACUUUCUGAUCUGUGAUUAGCUAAAGGAAGGAAAGAAGGAAGGAAGGAAGGGUGCAUUUUAAGAGUAUUUGAACAGGGCCUGGGUGUCCAGUAACAGCGGUAGAGAGAGAGAGAGAUCAGCUGGGAGAUAUCAGUAGACCCUGAGGGUAAAUGAAGGGUUAGAAACACUCAUAUACCUGAUGGAGCCUCUAAAUAAAAUCAAAUAAAAAUGUAUUGGUCGCGUACACAGUUUAGCAGAUGUUAUAGCAGGUGCAGCAAAAUGCUUAUGUUACUAGCUCCUAACAAUGAAGUAAAUGUCAAACAAGUACACAAAUAUUUAAAAAUAUAUAUAUUUCAAGAUUCACUAUGCAGAAAUCGCUCUGCCAUUUCCAGGUUGCUAAAAUUCGAAUAGUUAACCUAAUUUCAGUUUAUGUGACCAAACAAGCAAGUAUCGUAUCAUUGUACCAUCUAAACCGCUGUGAAAAAUAUUUUAAAUAACCAACAUUUUUGUAUUUUCAGCCGUUUGAAGCUGGUGUACAAAACUGAAAGUAAAAGAUGAAACUUAAAAUGGGAAGCAUAGAAAUAGCAUACAUAGAACAGAUCUACCACUUCUUAGACUUGCUUUCAAUGGGAAUUACAGAUCUAUAACUCACAGUUCUAUGUGAAUUUUGUCAGGUUGCCCAAAAAGUUACAUAUUGCAGCUUUUAAAAAAACAUCAACAAAUCAAAAAAUGUUGGAACGAAACCAAUUAGUAACCCAAAUAGCACUGUAACUGUAAUCCAAAUGCAAUCUAUAUACACCGGAUGAAUUUACACAAGAUAUACUAAGAAUGAUAUGUACAGCAGUAGCUAUAUUAUAGUGAGCUAGAUCAAGAAUCCAGUAUAUAAAUAACUAUGCGGUGUGUAUAAACAAUGUAACUAAAUUGCAAUGUACAGUAGUAGAAAUAUUAGAAUGAGCAAUGUCAAGAAUACAGUAUUUAAAUACACAGUACAAAACUCCUAAGCAAAAUUGAUAGAAUUGCAGGAAAUUAGCUUCCGGACCAGAUUCCGGAAUAUAAAUAUAUAUAUAUAUAUGUAUUUGAAUGGUGUGUAGAGACAUUAUGGACAAUAUGUGAAUGUCAAAUUAGCUGGUCAUGUGAUGACACACACCGGCAGCUGUCCUAUCACAGUCCCACUGAAAGGCUGGAUUGUGCUAUGACCUUAUGAUGGCUGGAGGCCUAUUGGCUGGACAAGCAGGAGAGGUGACCUAUGCCCUGUAGUCUUUGAAGCCUGGUGGGGUGAGAGGCAGCGUAUGGGGGUGGAGGUCCUUGGAGGUUAACUAAUUACAGCCCCAAGCCUGAGGCUCUGUACAUGGGCUUCGCUUGGGCCAAGGUGGGGGUUGGAUGGUGGAUGGGGCUGCUUUUAGGGAACAUUGUGUUAUAACUUAAGUGGGGCAGUCAGUUUUUAGUUUCAAAACAUCAAGCAUUCCAAAGCCCAUUAAAGGGUAGAGAAUACUGAGUUGAACCAUCCAUAACUAUAAAUGCCCAGAUACCUCAAAUAGCACAGCUCUGAGAUUGAGAGAUUCAGGCCCCAUUUUGUUCAGUUAAGACAUCACAGACAACCAUCUGUUUUCCAAAGGGAAAAUGGGUUUCAAAAUGCCCUCCAAGUUUAUGCACCAACAUGGCCUCAUGUUCCUGUGGAGCCAGCCUUGGAGCUGUUAAGAUGUCAGGGAGGUAGUUCUUCUAGGCCAAAGCAACCUACCUGAUUUCAUAGUUGUUGUUUUUUUUCCACUCCUUUUUUGCCCCCCAUUUUCCUUAGAUAAAUACAGACUACUGGCCCAGGACCAGCUGUUAGUGCUAGCACAAAGAAACACUUAAAGAGCAGAGAUGAUUUCUGUGUUAUAUACAAGGACGUCUGCCACUUAUAGACAGACACACACACAUACUGUACAGACAUACACAGUUACACACACACACACACACACACACACACACACACACACACACACACACACACAUACUGUACAGACAUACACAGUUACACACACACACACACACACACACACACACAUACUGUACAGACAUACACAGUUACACACACACACACACACACACACACACACAGAUACUGUGCAGACAUACACACUUACACACAUACUAUACCGACACACAUACACACUUUCUCACACAUGCAGAGACCGACAUACACACUGUCUCACAACACAGACUAUGAUGAUUGAACAGUGGUCAUUUAUCCAGGUGGCAGACAUUUCCCUCCACACACACAGCGCCACACAGCUCUCCAUGUCUGAGCUGUGUAAAGUCUGCUCCUAUUCAGGGGGAAUGCUGACGCCACGUUUAUUUUGCUACUCUUUUAUAUAUGACUUGAGGAGAACCUUUUACCACUGCAGUCAGACAAUAGUCAGCAGGGGACCCAGUGGCUCUUAACUUCCCACUGUGUGCGUCAUUACACACACACACACACACACACACACACACACACACACACACACACACACACACACACACACACACACACACAGCCCCAUAGACAGCAUUACUGCAUACCCACUGUCAACACACACACACCACUAAUGCAUACCCGCCGACUGCACACACACAUUUACGGCACGCCACCACGACUCUCACACGCCAUGGAAUACACACACGCAUACUGUAAUUUGACCAAAUAAAGGUCAUUAUGUAUGUGUAUAGAUAAGUGGUAGCACGUCAUAAAAACCCAAUACCUUCUGGUACCUGCGUUUUCAUGUGUAGGGUAAUAUACUGUAAUACACUACACAGAAGAGUAGACCCUGCCAAGUCCUGGCUAACUCACACACACAUACACACAGGUGUGUGCACACACAUACAUACACACACACACACACACCAGCUCUUUACUGCUGCCUCCCAGGUCUAGUGUAAUCUCUCUGGGGCAGCUGAAUUGCUCCCAUGGUGUGUGUGUGGGAAACUCUCACUAUUUAAACCUCUUAAAAUCCACCACAGUUAUGAAGUCCACUGAGGUGUGUUGGACAUUGAUAAGUGUAGACCAGAGAGAAAUAAAGUCAUGAGUCUUUGGCAGAAAACGAACACAGAGAUUUUCCAUAUGACCGCCUCCUCCCUUCAGACCUUCACUCAGGUUGUCUUGACUGUGUCUAGCAGUAGGUCCUGCUCUUGUCUUUAGAGUUGUUAUGAGUUGUGAUUAUUUGAGGUCCUCAAGUGCAUUUUGACAGCUGAGAUAUCGUCCACUUCUUCAAGUAUUUUAGAGAGAUCCAAAGACUUUGAACAGCUGCAUUCAAGGAAAAGGAAUUCUUCCAAACAAUGCCUGUGACAGGGUUUUGAUUUACUGUGUGUGUAAUAAGUGUAUGACUAAGAUGAAGCUCAGUGUAUUCUCUAACUCCAAUGAUCUAAUUGUUUGUGUGUGUGUUUCAGAUAUUGACGAGUGCAGCACUAUCCCAGGUGUGUGUGACGGAGGUGAAUGCACCAACACAGCCGGCAGCUACGUCUGCACCUGUCCCCGUGGUUACAUCACAAGCACUGACGGUGCCAGAUGUGUAGGUGAGUUACUGCUGCCCCCUCCAAACACACACAAACCCCUCCCUCACCCUCCUGUAGCCACUGCCUGCUCACAUCUGGGCUUCUCUCUCUCUCUCUCUCUCUCUCUCUCUCUCUCUCUCUCUCUCUCUCUCUCUCUCUCCCUCCCUCCCUCCCUCCCUCUCCCCCCUCCCUCCCUCCUGUGACUAGUGUUCUGAUGAGUCAAGAAGGUCUGCCGCAGGUCACGUGCGCUCGAAUGCUGUAAUAACAUUUAGCAUUAGCACCUAUUUGACUCACACCCUGAAACACUACCAGGUGUUAAUGUAGAGCGCCUGCAAUCUCCAGCAGCUUGUCUCAAAAUGGCCGCCAGAGAGCUGGCUCUGUUGCUUUUCAACAGCGUCCGAAUGGGAGUCCAAUAACUGUCCUUCAUUCAAGGCCCCACUCAUAGCCAAGCAGAACCCCUUGAUUACUUUAAUUGAAAAGUUGUGCGACCCAAAGUCUACUAGGCAGCAGAAUGCCUUAUUCAAAUUCUCUCCCGGGUCAACGUUUUGUUGGCCCCCCGCUCUCUUUGGCAGGCAAUCAAAUCUCUGCUGUACUUGUUUGUUGUCUUUUGACAAAAAAAAGGGAAAUGGGGUGGAAAUGCCAAGCGAACAAUGAACAGGGUCAACGUUGAUCUCACAAGGAGGCAUCUGUUCUCUUCUGUUCUGUUCUGCCUGGCCUGGUUGUGUGGCAGAUUGUUUAGCGUCAAGGUAGAAGACAUCUGGACUCACUUAGAGGCCUGCAGGAGAACAAAGCUGACACCACCACGACAACAAGCAAGACGAGACAGAAAAGAGAGGGAGGAGAGGAGGAAAAAACUAUCCAAACGAUCCCCUUUCUCUGUUGUUCUGUGUCGCAACAAAGGUGUAGAGCAGUGGGAGAGAGGAAAAUAAGAAGGGGUGGGAAGAGAAGGAGGAGCGAGAAGAGCAGGAGGAGGGGGAAUAGAAGGAGGAGGGGAAGAGAAGGAGGAGAGGAAAAGAAGAGAAGAGAAGAAAGAGUAAUGAAUAGAAGGGAGAGGAAGGAAGAGAGCCUCCAAUGACUGAGAGAAAAGCUGGCGCUGAGGAAUGAGGAGAGGAAAGAGAAGGAGGAGAGGGAAUAGAAGGAGGAGAGGGAAGCGUAGCCUGAUUGGGAAAAUGAGCUGCUGGCCGUAUGGUAUCACAGCGCUCGCUCUCUCUCUCUCUCUCUCUCUCUCUCUCUAAGGGGACAGACCAUUUCUCUCACACUCCCUCUCCUUCCACCCCCUGCUCUCUUUCUUUCUCCUUCUCUCCUCCAGGCCCUUUUCCUCUUUCCCCCUGUUUUCUCUUUCCCUCGCUUCUCACCCUGAGCGCUCAUCCAUCUGUCUAGUGUAACACGAUGACCUGUAGAGUCCCCAGGAACAAAUAAAAGAGAGUUGUGAUAUCAGGCCCUGUCUGACACAAUGACACAUCCCACCAUAUAUCCUCAGCUCCAGCCAGAAGCAUGCUAUGGCUGGCUCCCCUGGUGUGUCGGCCGACUCGGCCCUGUUUGCUUGGGUGUGUUUUGCAAGUGGAGGUAGACUAAGAAACUACUCCUCCCCCUUCCUCCCCCAUCCACCUCUGGUUUCCUCUUUGACCUGACCCAGAUUACAUGAAGUGAGCGGGGGGCUCCAGGUUCAGGAAUGUCAACUCUAGCAGCAUAGCGUGGAGAAACAGACCGAAGGGACCUGUUGAGCCCAACACUAAUCAGCCCUAAUGCUCCGUCCGUCGCACUGUGAAAACCCAGUCUGUAAAAGAGAAAGCAUGUGUUUGUGCGGCUUGCUAUAGACUAGCUAGCUAAGGGUCUGGUUCCAAUUUAAGUUAUCAUCAUCCCCAUCACCACUUUCCCUCUCUCCUCUCUCCCCCUCUCUGCUCCCCUAUUCCCACCCCUCCACACCCAUCCUCCCCCAAUCCUGCCCCCAGCUGGGUUGGUCCUAGGGAGGGAGGGAGGGUCGAAGCAAGGGGGAAAGUUCGGCUGUAAACCCUAGAUGCACAGCUUCUCAUGUAUAAUAUAAUUGGCCAGGAUUGCUCCACAUGGAGCUGAUUAAUUCCAGACUGCUGCCUCAUUAGCCAAGUUAAUCGACUUGCACUCCUCCUUCCCCUGCUCCUCUCUUUCCCCCAUCACUUUCAUCUGCAUUACACACAAACACACAUACGCACUAAGGGACCCUCACUUCUUCUCCACUUACCCCAAACACCCUCUUCCCUCCCUGCGUCCCUCCCUCCCUCCCCCUCCCUCCUCCACCCAACUGACCCUGACCUGAGAGACUGUAACAAACAAGACCAAAUUAGGAGGCCCUUGUGAUGCCUGCAGUUAGUCAGGUCCCCUCAGACCUUUACAGCUCCCAGACCAUAAAUUAGCUUCCUCCCAGGCUACCAUGUAGAGGGCAGGCAGGGGGAGACUUCCAGGGGAGAGGCAGCCCUGGUAUUUGGGGACAGCUGUUACCUGUAUCCCCUCGUCAGGGCUGGAGGAACCACACCUCUGUGUGGUAGGGAGGUGUUUGUCAGGCCUUUUUGUGCUGAAGGCUUCUGAAUUGUCUUGUGUUCCUCAAGAAUGUACAAACCCCUGUUUCCCGUCACAACCGUACACUGUGAGCCAGUAGAAACUGUCUGUGACCCACAUUUGUGAAACACUUCAGUAUUGUAUUUAUACUUGGUCACCAGAAUAUUUACAGUAUGUUAAAGCACAUGCAUUAUAAUAUGGUCUGCUUAAAGUUGAAAGAGUUACAGUAGAUUUUCUACAUGACCUGGAAGUCAACCCUGUUACAACACAGGUCAUGAGUGAUUUGAGUGACUCACACUGAAGCAUACUGACCUCUCUUCCCAUCUCUCUUUCUCUCCACUUCUCCCUCCAUCCUCGCCCUCCUCAGACCAGCGUGUGGGCACGUGUUUCUCGGCGUUGGCGAGCGGGCGCUGUGCGGGCGACCUGCAGGGCCAGUAUACCAAGAUGCAGUGCUGCUGUGACACGGGCCGCUGCUGGGCAUCUGGACAGAUCCCUGAGAUGUGCCCUGUCAGGGGAUCCGGUGAGUACACACACACACACACACACACACACACACACACACACUUACCACUACUGACCCACAGUCCAAAGGGAGUCCAAACACUCCUUUUGCAUAUGUGGUAUGAAUGAACAGCUUGAACAGCUUGGACCUACCGCAGGUCUAUUCCCCUGUGAGAGUGUGUGUUCAUACUUAAUACUUUCAUGUAUUUGUGAUUGUUUGUAUGAAUGAGUGCCGAGCUGUACUCUCACACACAAACACACACACACACACAUUAUGGUGGGAGGCCUCCCUUUGGCUAUUUCCUCCUCUGGGGUUCACUCAGUUUAUGUGUAUGUGUGUGUGUGUGUGUGUGUGUGUGUGUGUGUGUGUGUGUGUGUGUGUGUGUGUGUGUGUGUGUGUGUGUGUGUGUGUUUUGUGUGUGUGUGUUCUCUGUAUCCUUUGCUAGGAGAUGGCUACCUGCCAUACAACAUGGAAAACAUACACUCACAUGCAAGCGAUUUCACAUGCUGACAAACACACAUAGAUACUGUAUAUAUAGAGAUAGAUACAGUUGAAGUCAGAAGUUUAUAUACACUUAGGUUGGAGUCAUUAAAACUUGUUUUUCAACCACUCCACAAAUGUCUUGUUAACAAACUAUAGGUUUGGCAAGUCAGUUAGGACAUCUACUUUGUGCAUGACACAAGUAAUUUUUCCAACAAUUGUUUACAGACAGAUUAUUUCACUUAUAAUUCACUGUAUCACAAUUCCAGUGGGUCAGAAAUGUAUAUUCACUAAGUUGACUGUGCCUUUAAACAGUUUGGGAAAUUCCAGCAAAUGAUGUCAUGGCUUUAGAAGCUUCUGAUAAGCUAAUUGACAUCAUUUGUCAAUUGGAGGUGUACCUGUGGAUGUACUUCAAGGCCUACCUUCAAACCCAGUGCCUCUUUGCUUGACAUCGUGGGAAAAUCAAAAGAAAUCAGCCAAGACCUCAGAAUGUUGUUUGUAAACCUCCACAAGUCUGGUUCAUCAUUGGGAGCAAUUUCCAAAUGCCUGAAGGUACCACGUUCAUCUGUACAAACAAUAGUACGCACAUAUAAACACCAUGGGACCACGCAGCCAUAAUACCGCUCAGGAAGGAGAUGCGUUCUGUCUCCUACAGAUGAUCGUACUUUGGUGCGAAAAGUGCAAAUCAAUCCCAGAACAACAGCAAAGGACCUUGUGAAGAUGCUGGAGGAAACAGGUACAAAAGUAUCGAUAUCCACAGUAAAACGAGUCCUAUAUCAACAUAACCUGAAAGGCUGCACAGCAAGGAAGAAGCCAUUGCUCGAAAACCGCCAUAAAAAAGCCAGAAUACGGUUUGCAACUGCACAUGGGGACAAAGAUUGUACUUUUUGGAGAAAUGUCCUCUGGUCUGAUGGAACAAAAAUAGAACUGUUUGACCAUAAUGACCAUCGCUAUGUUUGGAGAAAAAAGGGGGUGGCUUGCAAGCCAAAGAACACCAUCCGAACCGUGAAGCACGGGGGUGGUAGACUCAUGCUGUGGGGGUGCUUUGCUGCAGGAGGGACUGGUGCACUUCACAAAAUAGAUGGCAUCAUGAGGAAGGAAAAUGAUGUGGAUAUAUUGAAGCAACAUCUCAAGACAUCAGUCAGGAAGUUAAAGCUUGGUCGCAAAUGGGUCUUCCAAAUGUACAAUGACCCCAAGCAUACUUCCAAAGUUGUGGCAAAAUGGCUUAAGGACAACAAAGUCAAGGUAUUGGAGUGGCCAUCACAAAGCCCUGACCUCAAUCCUAUAGAAAAUGUGUGGGCAGAACUGAAAAAGCGUGUGCGAGCAAGGAGCAAACCUGACUCAGUUACACCAGCUCUGUCAGGAGGAAUGGGCCAAAAUUCACCCAACUUAUUGUGGGAAGCUUGUGGAAGGCUACCUGAAACGUUUGACCCAAGUUAAACAAUUUAAAGGCAAUGCUACCAAAUACUAAUUGAGUGUAUGUAAACUUCUGACCCACUGGGAAUGUGAUGAAAGAAAUAAAAGCUGAUAUAAAUCAUUCUCUCUACUAUUAUUCUGACAUUUCACAUUCUUAAAAUAAAGUGGUGAUCCUAACUGACCUAAAACAGGGAAUUUUUAUUAGGAUUAAAUGUCAGGAAUUGUGAAAAACUGAGUUUAAAUGUAUUUGGCUAAGGUGUAUGGAAACUUCCGACUUCAACUGUAUAGACAGUGUGAGAUCCUCAAGGUAGUGGAGAUCAGAUCAGGUUCAUACAUAUACAACCCCUUUUUACAGCCAUAAUCAUGUCCAGGCAUUGUGCCAGUGUGUGAGUUUAUGCAACCACUGACCCAUAUGUAUACUACAGUGGCUUGCAAAAGUAUUCACCCCCCUUGGCAUUUUUCCUAUUUUGGUGCCUUACAACCUGAAAUUAAAGUUUAUUUUUUGGGGGGGUUUCUAUCAUUUGAUUUACACAACAUGCCUACCACUUUGAAGAUGCAAAAUAUUUUUUGUUGUGAAACAAACAAGAAAUAAGACAAAAAAACAGAAAACUUGAGCGUGCAUAACUAUUCACCUUUUGCAGCAAUUACAGCUGCAAGUCUCUUGGGGUAUGUCUCUAUAAGCUUGGCACAUCAAGCCACUGGGAUUUUUGCCCAUUCUUCAAGGCAAAACUGCUCCAGCUCCUUCAAGUUGGAUGGGUUCCACUGGUGUGCAGUAAUCUUUAAGUCAUACCACAGAUUCUCAAUUGGAUUGAGGUCUGGGCUUUGACUAGGCCAUUCCAAGACAUUUAAAUGUUUCCCCUUAAACCACUCGAGUGUUGCUUUACCAGUAUGCUUAGGGUCAUUGUCCUGCUGGAAGGUGAACCUCCAUCCCAGUCUCAAAUCUCUGGAAGACUGAAACAGGUUUCCCUCAAGAAUUUCCCUAUAUUUAGCGCCAUCCAUCAUUCCUUCAAUUCUGACCAGUUUCCCAGUCCCUGCCGAUGAAACACAUCCCACAGCAUGAUGCUGCCACCACCAUGCUUCACUGUGGGGAUGGUGUUCUCAGGUGAUGAGAGGUGUUGGGUUUGCGCUAGAUAGAGCGUUUUCCUUGAUGGCCAAAAAGCUACAUUUUAGUCUCAUCUGACCAGAGUACCUACUUCCAUAUGUUUGCGGUGUAAGGCUUAAAGUGGUCCUAUGGACAGAUAAUCCAAUCUCUGCUGUGGAGCUUUGCAGCUCCUUCAGGGUUAUCUUUGGUCUCUUUGUUGCCUCUCUGAUUAAUGCCCUCCUUGCCUGGUCUGUGAGUUUUGGUGGGCGGUCCUCUCUUAGCAGGUUUGUUGUGGUGCCAUAUUCUUUCCAUUGUUUUAUAAUGGAUUUAAUGGUGCUCCGUGGGAUGUUCAAAGUUUCUGAUAUUUAUUUAUAACCCAACCCUGAUCUGUACUUCUCCACAACUUUGUCCCUGACCUGUUUGGAGAGCUCCUUGGUCUUCAUGGUGCCGCUUGCUUGGUGGUGCCCCUUGCUUAGUGGUGUUGCAGACUCUGGGGCCUUUCAGAACAGGUGUAUAUAUACUGAGAUCAUGUGACAGAUCAUGUGACACUUAGAUUGCACACAGGUGGACUUUAUUUAACUAAUUAUGUGACUUCUGAAGGUAAUUGGUUGCACCAGAUCUUAUUUAGGGGCUUCAUAGCAUGCACCACUUUUCUGUUAUAUAUUUUGUAGAAUAUUUUGAAACAAGUAAUUUUUUUCAUUUCACUUCACCAAUUUGAACUAUUUUGUGAAUGUCCAUUACAUGAAAUCCAAAUAAAAAUCCAUUUAAAUUACAGGUUGUAAUGCAACAAAAUUGGAAAAACGCCAAGGGGGAUGAAUACUUUUGCAAGGCACUGUAUCAAAAUAGGUAAAACUGACCCAAACCAUGACAAAACGUGCAUGCAUGUCAUUUUCAUUGAAGAUAACCCUUUCCAUCCUCUUCCCCGUAGAUGAGUACAGAAGGCUGUGCAUCGAAGGGGUGCCCCAUGGCACAGGUAACGGAGGUUUCCCCCACGGAGGCUUCCCCAAUGGUGGCGGCUAUCCCAACGGUGGCGGCAACGGUCACGGUUACAGCUAUGGCUACAAACUCAACCCCAACGGGCCUAACGGAAACGGUCACCAUGGCAACGGGGGAGGAAUCGGAGGAGGAGGAAUCGGAGGAGGGGGACAGGGAGGAGGAGGCAAUGGUUUUGGAGGAAACGGCGGCGGCCGUAAUAUCGGUGAGUUGGUUAGGCCACGACAUGUGUCCAUAGGGUAGUGUUGCAUUAUUAGCCUGUGGUUUUAAGUUUUGUAUCAGAGAUAUUAGAGUGUUUAAACUGAGUUUAUGACCUAUUGAUCUUUUAACCUGUCGAUCAGGUCUUGUGCCGCGUUCAAAACAACUGGGAGCUCGGAACUCGGAAACCUCUGACUUCAGCGCAUUCAAGACAACUGGGAACUCUGAAAAAAACGAUCUCUGACUGGGAAAAUUCUUUCUAGAGCUCCGACCUUAAGAUUCCUUAAGUUGUUUUGAACGCGGCAUUGGACUGGGUAUUUUGGAGAAGCGAUUGUAACUCAAGGAAACUAACCUGAAUGUCAAAAUAAUGAUGGGAGUAACUUCAAGUUUUAUUGUCACCUGCACAAGUACAGUGAAAUGCCUUUAUUGGAAGCUCUUUCCAAACAAUGCAGUAACCAAUAUCCGUAGUACUAUAAAAUAAAGUAAAAACACACGAGAAAUAGAAAUAAGAACAUGAUAAAUGAAGUAAGCUAUGUAUACAGGGUCAGUGCCAAUACCAUAUUUACAAUGUGCAGGGAUAAUGGAGUGGUAGAGGUAGUAAUGUAUAGGGAUAAGGCAUCAGGAUAUACACUACAUGACCAAAAGUAUGUGGACACCUGCACGUCGAACAUCUCAUUCCAAAAUCAUGGGCAUUAAUAUGGAGUUGGUCCCCCUUUUGCUGCUAUAACAGCCUUCACUCUUCUGGGAAGGCUUUCCACUUGAUGUUGGAACAUUGCUGCGGGGACUUGCUUCCAUUCAGUCACAAUAGCAUUAGUGAGGUCAGGCACUGAUGUUGGGCGAUUAGGCCUGGCUCGCAGUUGGGGUUCCAAUUCAUCCUAAAGGUGUUCGAUGGGGUUGAGGUCAGGGCUCUGUGCAGGCCAGUCAAGUUCUUCCACACCGAUCUCGACAAGCCAUUUUGGUAUGGACCUCGCUUUGUGCACGUGGGCAUUGUCAUGCUGAAACAGGAAAGGGCUUUCCCCAAACUGUUGCCACAAAGUUGGAAGCACAGAAUCAUCUAGAAUGUCAUUGUAUGCUGUAGCGUUAAGAUUUCCCUUCACUGGAACUAAGGGGCCUAGUCUGAACCAUGAUAAACAGCCCCAGACCAUUAUUCCUCCUCCACCAAACUUUACAGUUGGCACUGUGCAUUCGGGGAGGUAGCGUUCUCCUGAAAUCCACCAAACCUAGAUUAGUCCAUCAGACUGCCAGAUGGUGAAGUGUGAUUCAUCACUCCAGAGAACGCGUUUCCACUGCUCUAGAGUCCAAUGGUGGCGAGCUUUACACCACUCCAGCCAACACUUGGCAUUGCGCAUGGUGAUCUUAGGCUUGUGUGCGGCUGCUCGGCCAUGGAAACCCAUUUCAUGAAGCUCCAAACUAACAGUUAUUGUGCUGACCUUGCUUCCAGAGGCAGUUUGGAACUAGGUAGUGAGUGUUGAAACAGAGGACAGAUGAUUUUUGUGGCUGAAAUAGUAGAAUCCACUAAUUUGAAGGGGUGUACACAUACUUUUGUAUAUAUAGCGUAUGAUAAACAGAGUAGCAGCUGUCACGUUCGUUCAUGAACGGGUCAGACCAAGGCGCAGCGUGAUAUGCAUACAUGUUUAUUUGACUAUUAAACACAACGACAAAACAAGAAACGAAACGUGAAGUCCAAGGUACACAAACAACAUACCUAACACGAAACAAGAUCCCACAACCCACUAGUGCCAAUAGGCUGCCUAAGUAUGGUCCCCAAUCAGAGACAACGAGCGACAGCUGCCUCUGAUUGGGAACCACACCGGCCAACAUAGAUCUAGACAUACUAGAUCUAAACAUAGAAAAUACAACAUAGAACAUCACAACAAGGAAUAUACACACCCUGACUCAACAUAUAAGCGUCCUCUGAGUCAGGGCGUGACAGCAGCAGUGUAUAAGAUGAUUGUAUGUGAGCGUGUGUGUGUGUAGAGUCAGUAUAAAUGUGUGUGCGUGUUAUGUGUGUGUGAGCAAAUUAAGUGUGUGUGUGUGUGUGUGUGUGUGUGUGUGUGUUGGAGUGUCAGUGUGAGUGUGUGUAAGUGAGUGUGUGUGUAGGGUCCUGUGAGUGUGCAUAGAGUCAGUGCAAUAAAAACGUAAUUGCAGAUAGUCCAUGUAGCCAUUUAGUUAGCUAUUUAGCAGUCUUGGGGAUAGAAGCUGUUCAGGAGCCUGUUGGUGUCAGACUUGCUUGGGUACUGCUUGCCAUGCGGAAGAAGAGAGAAUAGUCUAUGGCUUUUCAUAAACUUUUCUUCACUGUGUUUUAAUAAAUUAUAAACAUUGUGUGAUAAUGUAUUGUAAUGUAUUGUAAUGUGAUUGUGUGUUGUGUUGUGUAUCCUCAGUCCCUGUGUCAGUCAAUGAGACCGUUGACGUGUGUAAACAUUUCACCAACCUGUGUUUGAACGGCCGCUGUAUCCCCACCCCGACCAGCUACCGCUGUGAAUGUAACAUGGGCUACAGACAGGAUGUACGCGGGGAGUGUAUUGGUAAACCCACUGCAGUCAUUACAGUUAGGAAAAUGACAUACACUCUACUGCCAUCUUCUGACCACACACAUAACGUCUCUGGUAGAUGUAAAACUCAGGGUAUACUUACACAAUAGCAUUGAUUCUUUCACCUUUUUUAACACAUAUGGGAGUGUUCAGAUUUGUAAUUGGAGCAUCCUGGGUUGCACUGAUAAACUCAUAUUUCUUCAUCGCCUCCCUCCUUCAGAUGUGGAUGAGUGCGUCAGCAACCCCUGUGUCAACGGAGACUGUGUCAACACACCUGGAUCGUACCACUGCAAGUGUCACGAAGGCUACCAGGGAACCCCCACCAAACAGGCCUGCAUUGGUAUGUUCCAAUCACUCACCAGAACAACUAUAGAACAUUAUAAUUGUUUAUUACAACGGUUGUAUUGUAUGGAUAGACUGGGUACGUUGGCCCACUGACUGACUCUGCUUGUAACAACACCACAAGGUGUCCAGAACAGAAACAGACUGGUACCUAACCUGGCUAACAGUCAAACUAAGCCUAAACCCCCCUCCCCCUCCCUCCUUUCCUCCCCCUCCCUCCCCCUCCCUCCCUCCCUCCCCAGAUAUUGAUGAGUGCAUCGUAAACGGAGUGAUGUGUCGUAACGGACGUUGUGUCAACACUGACGGAAGCUUCCAGUGCAUCUGCAACGCUGGCUUUGAGCUCACUCCUGAUGGGAAGAACUGCAUAGGUGAGCUACACACACAUACCUUACUCUCUAACUGCAUGGUCUACACCUACAGGCCUGUUACAUGGUAAUCACAUACUGUAUGUUACUAGGUUACAGUCAUUUGUUUGUGGUAGAAAGCCUACGUGGCAGGAAGCCUACGUGGCAGGAAGCCUACGUGGCAGAAAGCCUACGUGGCAGGAAGCCUACGUGGUAGAAAGCCUACGUGGAAGAAAGCCUACGUGGUAGAAAGCCUACGUGGAAGAAAGCCUACGUGGCAGGAAGCCUACGUGGCAGGAAGCCUACGUGGCAGGAAGCCUACGUGGCAGGAAGCCUACGUGGUAGAAAGCCUACGUGGUAGAAAGCCUACGUGGUAGAAAGCCUAAUUCACCUCCAUUUCUUCAACCAGAUCAUGAUGAGUGUGCCACCACCAACAUGUGUCUCAAUGGAAUGUGUAUCAACGAGGACGGAAGCUUCAAGUGUAUCUGCAAACCUGGCUUCGCCCUGGCACCUAACGGACGUUACUGCACAGGUACGUCAUCUGGUAUAAUUUCUGGAUGUGGAUCCUCUCAAAAGGUUUCUUAGUAUCUAAGGGUGUUUCUAGGCCACUGUCACCUUAGCUUGCAUUUUGGCUGUCACUGUUAAGGACUUUGAAGGUAAUAAAAGUAGCUGAUAAGAAAUGUUAUGUAGAUUACAUUUGAGUGAUUCCAUGACUGUAUUGCCAGCCAUGUGGCACAAGUACCAUCAUCAUAUCUCUCCCCUUCUCUCCUCCCUCAGACAUUGAUGAGUGCCAGACACCAGGCAUCUGUAUGAAUGGACGAUGUAUCAAUUCUGAGGGCUCCUUCCGCUGUGAGUGCCCACCGGGCCUGGCCAUCGACGUGGAUGGGAGAGUGUGUGUCGACACACACAUGCGUACCACCUGCUACGGUGCCAUCAAGAUGGGCACGUGCUCGCGGCCCUUCCCUGGCGCCGUCACCAAGUCUGAGUGCUGCUGUGCCAGUCCUGAUCACGGCUUCGGAGAGCCUUGCCAACCCUGUCCUGCCCGCAACUCAGGUGACUGACUAACCCUAACCACACCAGAAAACAUAAUUGGUUUACUUGUGCUGUCAUUCAGAUCCUGUUAGCCUGGAAUCCAAGCUGAUAUGCUCUGUUUCACUAUUGUUUCACUUCACAAUAUUGUUCAUAUCAGUUUAGAUUCCAGGCUAAGAUCCUGUAGAACUCUACCAAAUACUGCAGAAGUGAUUGUUAGAAUUAUAAUGUAAAUUGUGAUUUUUUUGUUACACUGGAUAUAUUAGCAGGUGACUUACAGGUCAUUUUCUUGGCUUUCAGCUGAGUUCCAGGCAGUGUGCAGCAGUGGGAUUGGCAUUACUGCUGACGGCAGAGGUGAGUCAUGUGACUGGUACUGUUUAAUGUUAGGUAUCUGUGGUUUGGAGCUUGUCCUACAAUCACUGCUAGUUAUUCUGGCAUUUAACAGGCCUCCCCUCAAACAUUACAAUGCGUCCCUCAGAAAGGUGUGAAUCUUGCUCCGAAUUUCAAAUCAAAGAGAGAAAAAAGGGAAAGUGAAGAAAAGGAAUCUGUAGGUUGGAGAGAGCUGAAAGCUAAGGCUGUGGUUUGUGGUGGGCUGUGGCUCAUGUGGGUUUGUUCCUGUGUGUCUCCUCAGACAUCAACGAGUGUGCCUUGGACCCAGACAUCUGUCAGAACGGCAUGUGUGAGAACCUGAGAGGGAGCUACCGCUGCAUCUGUAACAUCGGCUACGAGUCCGACUCCAGCGGCAAGAACUGCGUGGGUGAGUCCAGUCUUCCUGUAUCCAAUGUCUGUUGGAAAAAUCAGUGACCCAAAUUAAAGUUUAUCAGACCAUUUCAUACCUUAAAAGUGAUCUAAAGUCAAACUGAAUCCCAUAUUUUUCACAGCCUCUGCUGUACUUUCGUGGUCUUGACUUUGACAUAUGAACAAAGUUUCAAACACUGGGGUUGAUUGUUUUGGCUGGCUUGUGUUACACUUGAUAAGUCAACCCUGUUGUUCAUCUUCUCCUCAACCUACCAGACAUCAAUGAGUGCCUAGUGAACCGUCUGCUGUGUGACAAUGGCCUGUGUAGAAACACCCCCGGCAGCUACUCCUGCUCCUGUCCCAAAGGCUUCGUCUUCAAACCUGACUCUGAGACUUGCGAAGGUAAACACUUCAUACACACACCAAUGGAGAAGACACACACUCCUCACAUUUCUAAUGCCUCAAUAUCAGCAUACUUAUGCGCAACCACAGUUGAAAAUGCUAGGAGUAUCUGAACUGUGUUGGUAUUCCUCUUCGUUUCAUUGACUAUAUGUUGUAGAUGUGAACUCUGCUAGAUGUGUGUACACCUGCAACUGUUUAACACAUGAGAGAUUGGAGUUAAAUAGAACAUCAGAUAUAUGAACAUGUGUUGGCUUACAUCCUCUGUCCUUGAACCACUUUCCAUAAAGUUUUCUGUCUUUGUUGAAGUAAACGCAUGUCUGUCUAUAUCACAGGAGGCUGGUGGCACCUUAAUGGGGAGAACGGGCUCGUAAUGACUGGAGCGGAAUCGGUGGAAUGGUAUCAAAUACAUCAAACACAUGGUUUCCAGGUGUUUCAUGCCAUUCCAUUUGCUCCGUUACGGACGUUAUUAUAAGCCAUUCUCCACUCAACAGCCUGUUAAGGAUGACCCAUUUAACUGGCUCUUCUCUUCUCUGCCUUACCUAACCCUGCUCUGAUCCAUGUGUUUCAGAUAUCAACGAGUGUGAGUCCAGCCCGUGUGUCAACGGAGUCUGCCGCAACAUCGCCGGGUCCUUCAACUGCGAGUGUUCCCACGGCAGCAAGCUGGACUCCACCAACACCAUCUGCGUGGGUAAGAGAACGAGGCGUCUGUCACAACUGCAGACUCAAUCUGACACAAAUGAAAAACAACGUAUUCCUGAGACAAACUUCUGUUGGAGAAUCAUCAUCAAGCAGACAGUCAGAGUGAAAAGUGGGAUUUGAGCCAAAGUUUCUAGCUUCAUAGGCCUUCUAGAACAGGCCUGGGAAAUUCCAGUCCUCGGGGGCCUGAUUGGUGUCACACUUAUUCUAGUCGAAAUAAACAAGUCAAUGUCUGCUUUGAGGACAUGUCCAGACACAUCUGAACAUCUACAGAUGGUAAUCUGGGAUGAGUCAUUUGAAUAAAUACCAACAUGAGCCGGCCUUGUCAGUCUAAUAGAUUCCUGUACUUUAGAAUAUAGCGCUGUUUUCUGUUCAAAGCAGAGUCAUAUAUUUGGUUCAAAGCCAUCACUCAGCAGCGAGAAUGUAAAUUGUGGUUUAGUUUUGGGUGAGCCUGCGGUUUUGGGAGAACAAAUGCACAUCCCAUUUGUUCUGACUGUGCUCUCAGUCCAUUAGGACUGCCAUAGCAAAUUAUUAAUGUCAAUUAUGCAUUUGUCUCAGUUUGGGCUGAGGUAAGAUGGAAGCUGUUGGAAGGGACAGCUGUACUUAAUUACUUUCCACUGAUGGUGCUGUUGUGCUUGGAAUGAUUGGAGUACAGUAUACCAAUGAGAGAUGUGUGUAUGUUGGUUGAUGCUUUACAGUACAUUUGAAUUGAUGUGCCUUUUCUCUGCAGGGUUCUCUUGAGUGCCUUCACUUGCUCACAUUCUCUCUCUCUCUUUCUUCCCUCUCUUCCCCUCCUACCUAUUUCUCUUCCCUUUCUCUCUUUCACUCUCGCUUCCCUACCCCUCUCUCUCUCGCUCUCUUUCUCCCUCUCUUCUCUCUCCCCCUCCUCCCUCUACAGACAGCAUGAAGGGAACGUGCUGGCUGAACAUCCAAGAUGGCCGCUGUGAGGUCAACAUCAACGGCGCCACGCUCAAGUCCGAGUGCUGCUCUACACUGGGAGCUGCCUGGGGCAGCCCCUGUGAACGCUGCGAGAUCGGUCAGUACACACACAAACACACACACCUACUAAACAUAAUGAAGUGUGAGGUGUGUACUGUAACUGCUGUCUCUCUCCACAGACACUGCCUGCUCCAGAGGGUUCGCUCGUAUGAAGGGAGUCAACUGUGAAGGUAAGACACUAAUCGACCCCUACACACACACACACACACACACACACACACACACACACACACACACACACACACACACACACACACACACACACACACACACACACACACACAGUCAACUGUGAAGGUAGCAGACAUUCUUACAGCCAUAAUGACCCUCUGCCUCCCUCCCUGUGGUAUUCCAUUCACCUUCCGUUCUUCCUUCCCUCCCUCAGAAAAUGAUGAGCCAUAGAGCACAGUCAGUCUUGUAAUAUUGUCCCUAUUUCCUCCCUGCAGACAUCAAUGAGUGUGAGGUGUUCCCGGGGGUGUGUACCAACGGGCGCUGUGUCAACACCCAGGGCUCCUUCCGCUGUGAGUGUGGCGAGGGGCUCACCCUGGACGGGAGUGGACGCACCUGCGUGGGUAAGACAACACUGCCACCAACAUAAACUCUGGCAGACACCAUGCAUUUUUAUAAUAACUGAAAUCAGAACUGGCUAUUAUGUAUCUUUUCUGUUGACUUCACACAUAUACUAUAUUUAAGCAAUAAGACCAGAGGGGGUGUGGUAUAUUGCCAAUAUACCACGGCUAAGGGCUUUUCUUAUGCACGACGCAACGCAGAGUGCCUGGAUACAGCCCUUGGUAUAUUGGCCAUAUACCACAAACCCCCGAGGUGCCUUAUUGCUAUUAUCAACUGGUUACCAAUGUAACAGUAAAAAAAAGAGCAGUAAAAACAAAUUUGGGGUCAUACCAGUGGUAUACAAUCUGAUAUACCAUGGCCGUCAGCCAAUCAGCAUUCAGGGCUCGAAACACCCAGUUUAUAAUACACUAUAAAAUAUGAAUGAUAACCUACAUGGGAGAAAAGACAAAUUUGGUGACAACAAAUAUUAGCAUGGUUAGCAUACUGUGGCAUUAGCCGUAAAGUUCUGUAUGUCUGACUGUUGUCCGUCCAUCUGUCUAUCCCUCAGACGUGCGCAGCGAGCAGUGCUACAUGAAGUGGCACGAGGACGAGUGUGGUGAGCCGCUGCCCGGGCGCUACCGCGUUGACAUGUGCUGCUGCUCGGUGGGCGCGGCCUGGGGCAUUGACUGUGAGGAGUGUCCCAAGGCGGGCACCCCGGAGUACAAGGCCAUCUGCCCCAGAGGACCAGGCUUCGCCAACCGAGGAGACAUCCUGACUGGCAGACCCUUCUACAAAGGUAGGAACUAAGACUUAUUAUCUAGUCUUGGUAACACUCUAAUUUGCGUUGGGAUAAUGUAGCAUUCACAACAUAUUCAUAAAGCCUUCAUGAGCAGUCAUAAUCUUCUGAACACAAGUAGGUAUGUUUCUUACGCUAACAGAUUCUGAGUGAAGUCCUACUACUACACUGAGGAGCUACACACAAAACAAGCACACCAUUAUGGCCUCACGCCAGCAGUUGCAAACCAACCACAGCGUCUAAUCUCUUUAACCACUAGACAUUUCUUUAGAUUAUUACUGGAUUCCAUGUUCAAUUCCACCGCUAACCCCUGCUGUUCGUCCAUUGUGUUGUCCCUCCAUAGAUGUAAAUGAGUGUAAGGUGUUCAACGGCCUGUGCUCCCACGGAACCUGUCGCAACACCAUCGGCAGCUUCAAGUGUCGCUGCAGCAGCGGCUUCGCCCUCACCAUGGAGGAGAGGAACUGCACAGGUAUAGAGAGAGAGAGAGAGAGAGAGAGAGAGAGAGAGAGAGAGAGAGAGAGAGAGAGAGAGAGAGAGAGAGAGAGAGAGAGAGAGAGAGAGAGAGAAUUAUAAGGGGGGGUGGCAGAGAGACUGUAAUAAACAUAAUUCUGUUUAUUCCAUAGAAAAGCAUUUAAAAAUCUGUAUGAUUAAAGCAGAAAUCUAUAUCUUUAGUAAGUAUCCUUGUAUAUGAUUUCUGUAGUAUUUGAGAAUGUUUUAGGGGCAAAACAUUAUUUUGACAUUUUGAAACACUCCUACUGGGCACAGACGUCAAUUCAAUGUCUAUUCCACGUUGGUUCAAUGCAAUGACUAUUUGCAUUGCCCCCCCACCCCACUCCAACCCCGUCUUUUACGCUGCUGCUACUCUGUUUAUUAUUUAUGCAUAGUCACUUUAACUCUACCCACAUGUACAUUACCUCUGUACCGGUACACCCUGUAUAUAACCUCCCUACUGUUAUUUUAUUUUACUGCUGCUUUAAUUAUUUGCUAUUUAAAAAAAUUUAACUGCAUUGUUGGUUAAGGGCUUGUAAGUAAGCAUUUCACCUGUUGGAUUCGGCGCAUGUGGCAAAUAAAAUUUGAUUUGAUGUCAUUGAAAUUACGUGGAAACAACGUUGAUUCAACCAGUGUGUGCCCAGUGGGCUGUUUGUUGACACAGCUGAAUUUUCUCAUGAGAUCAGUAAAGUAAUGCUGAAUAUUAUAUUUCUGUAAUGUACAUUAUUCCCUCUGUCUCUCCCUCCCUCCUCCCUCCUCUGUCUCUCCUCCCUCCUCUGUCUCUCCUCCCUCCUCUGUCUCUCCCUCCUCCUCUGUCUCUCCUCCCUCCUCUGUCUCUCCCUCCUCUGUCUCUCCCUCCUCCUCUGUCUCUCCCUCCUCCUCUGUCUCUCCUUCCUCCUCUGUCUCUCCUUCCUCCUCUGUCUCACCCUCCUCUGUCUCUCCUCCCUCCUCUGUCUCUCCUCCCUCCUCUGUCUCUCCUCCCUCCUCUGUCUCUCCCUCCUCCUCUGUCUCUCCUUCCUCCUCUGUCUCUCCUUCCUCCUCUGUCUCACCCUCCUCUGUCUCUCCUCCCUCCUCUGUCUCUCCUUCCUCCUCUGUCUCUCCCUCCUCCUCUGUCUCUCCCUCCUCCUCUGUCUCUCCCUCCUCUGUCUCUCCCUCCUCCUCUGUCUCACCCUCCUCUGUCUCUCCUCCCUCCUCUGUCUCUCCUCCCUCCUCUGUCUCUCCUCCCUCCUCUGUCUCUCCCUCCUCUGUCUCUCCUCCCUCCUCUGUCUCUCCUCCCUCCUCUGUCACUCCCUCCUCUGUCUCUCCUCCCUCCUCUGUCUCUCCCUCCUCUGUCUCUCCCUCCUCUGUCUCUGUGUCUUAGAUAUUGAUGAAUGUCAUAUCUCUCCGGACCUGUGUGGCCACGGCACCUGCGUGAACACCCCUGGCAGCUUCGAGUGUGAAUGCUUCGAGGGCUACGAAAGUGGCUUCAUGAUGAUGAAGAACUGCAUGGGUGAGUCACACACACAAACACAGACACACACUGCUCUCCAGCUGACAGGAGAGUGGGAGAAUUUCCUCACAGAUCCUCUGUGCAAGUCAUUUUUGACAGCUGACCUCAUUGCACUCUCUCCCUCUCUUCCUCCCCCUCUCCCCUGCAGAUAUUGAUGAAUGUGAGCGGAACCCUCUGCUGUGUCGAGGAGGCGCCUGUCUGAACACAGAGGGGAGUUACGAGUGUGAAUGUCCACCCGGACACCAGCUUAGUCCCGAUGGUUCCUCCUGCGAAGGUAGGUCAUAUAUCCAUCCACAGUGCACACUAUACAUUUCACACACACACACACACACACACACCUAGAAUAUGAGACACUUACACCACCGUAAAAAAAAUAUAAAGUUACAUCAUCCCAAAGUCAUCUGGAAUGCAUUUUCAAGUUAACCAGACAUUAACCUCCAUAACGGUAAUCUCAAGGUAUUCUACUACUUUCUAUGUUGUCUACUGUGGAAGCUAGUUUCUUUGAUUUAAGCUGACUGUCAUGUUCUCUUUGUGUGUUUCCAGAUGUGAACGAGUGCCAGCUGAGUGACAACCUGUGUAAGAAUGGCCACUGUGUCAACAUGGUGGGGAACUACCAGUGCUCCUGUGACACGGGCUACCAGGUUACACCAGACAGACAGGGCUGUGUGGGUGAGUGAGCACUGACUGAGACAUGUCAUCAUUUGUCUUUUGGGGAGGCGGUUGGGGGGGGGGGGGGGGGGGGGGGGGGGGGGGGGGGGGGGGGGAAUUACCAUUCUUCAGUGUACGGUAAUACCUUACAUAAGUUUACAAAAAUAAUCAACAACAGACUUUGCAGAUCACGUCAAAACAUUUUGUCAUAUCAGAAAAGGCAAUGUUUGAGUUUCUGUUUGUGUGUGUGUCUAUACUUACCUGUAACCCGUCUGAUUGCAGAUAUUGAUGAGUGUACCAUUAUGAACGGAGGCUGUGACACACACUGUACCAACUCAGAGGGCAGCUACGAGUGCAGCUGUAGUGAGGGAUACGCUCUCAUGCCUGACCUCAGGACCUGCGCUGGUAUGUCACUGGGAUACACACACAUGCAUGCACACACAUACACAUACACACACUCAUGGAAAAAAUACAUGUUAACACUCACUCUGUCACACCCUGUGUAGAUAUUGAUGAGUGUGAGGACACCCCUGAUAUCUGUGAUGGAGGCCAGUGCACCAACAUCCCUGGAGAGUACCGCUGUCUCUGCUAUGACGGAUUCAUGGCCUCCAUGGACAUGAGGACCUGCAUCGGUGAGACUAUUCUCUUUCUCUCCCAUCUCUCUCUCUCUCUCUCUCUCUCUCUCUCUCUCUCUCUCUCUCUCUCUCUCUCUCUCUCUCUCUCUCUCUCUCUCUCUCUCCACCUCUCUCUCUCUCUCUCCACCUCUCUCUCUCUCUACCUCUCUGUUUCUCUCUCUUUUCCUAUUUCUCUCACUCCCCACCUCUCUCUCUGUCUCUCUCUCUGUCUCGCUCUCUCUCUUUGACCCUGUUAGACAUCAAUUGUUAGACAUUUUACUCCACUGUCCCCUCUCCAAGACCAGUUAACUCAUGUUCCUCUGUGUGUGUUCCUGUCUGUGUGUCCAGAUGUGAAUGAGUGUGAGCUGAACCCUAACAUCUGUCUACAUGGGGACUGUGAGAACACCAAGGGAUCCUUCAUCUGUCACUGCCAGCUGGGUUACUUUGUUAAGAAGGGCUCCACCGGCUGCACAGGUACAGUACACACACACACACACACACACACACACACACACACACACACGCACACACACACACAGCACCAUGGGCUACACACACAUAAUUGUAGUAACAGCAAGGUUAUUACUGUAAAACACUAUCUUAGUUAUGACGCUGUCAUAAAGCUUUGGACAUGUUUAACUUCCAUGGAUAAUGUAUGAGUUAUAAACCAGAUUACAGACUAUAAGGUAUAAACCAGAGUACACACUAUAAGGUAUAAACCAGAUUACAGACUAUAAGGUAUAAACCAGAGUACAGACUAUAAGGUAUAAACCAGAGUACAGACUAUAAGGUAUAAACCAGAGUACACACUAUAAGGUGUAAACCAGAUUACAGACUAUAAGGUAUAAAUCAGAGUACACACUAUAAGGUGUAAACCAGGGUACAGACUAUACGGUAUAAACAAGAGUACAGACAAUAGGGUAUAAACCAGAGUACAGACUAUAGGUUAUAAACCAGAGUACAGACUAUAGGUUAUAAACCAGAGUACAGACUAUAGGGUAUAAACCAGAGUACAGACUAUAGGGUAUAAACCAGAGUACAGACUAUAGGGUAUAAACCAGAGUACAGACUAUAGGGUAUAAACCAGAGUACAGACUAUAGGGUAUAAACCAGAGUACAGACUAUAAGGUAUAAACCAGAGUACAGACUAUAAUGUAUAAACCAGAGUACAGACUAUAGGGUAUAAACCAGAGUACAGACAGAAGGAGAGAGGAACUAAAAUGUUAUGUCUUGUCCUGUAUUGAUCUCUCUUAUUUCUUCCAGAUAUUGAUGAAUGUGAGAUUGGGGCUCACAACUGUGACAUGCAUGCUGCCUGUCUCAACGUUCCCGGGAGCUUCAAGUGUCGCUGUCGUGAUGGCUGGGUGGGAGACGGCAUCAAGUGUGUGGGUGAGUACACUAUAGUGCUGGGCUGGAACAAAACCCUGUUGAUCCUCUGUUCAGCUCUCUAUGACCAGGGGAUGUGACCACUAGGCAGCAGAUAGCUUAGCAGUUAGAGCGUUGGGCCAGUAACUGAAAGGUUGCUAGUUCGAAUCCCAGAGGCGACAAGGUGAAAAAUAUGCAGAUGUGCCCUUGAGGAAGGCACUUAACCCUAAUUGCUCCAGGUUCUCCAUUGAUAAUGGCUGACUGUGACCACUCUCUUCUCUCUCCCCAUAGACGUGGAUGAGUGUUCCACUGAGGAGCACAACUGUAAUCUCAACGCAGACUGUGUCAACACCCCUGGCUCUUACCGCUGUGCCUGCAAGGAGGGCUUCAACGGGGAUGGCUUCUCCUGCUCAGAUAUGGAUGAGUGUGCUGACAACGUGAACCUGUGUGAGAACGGCCAGUGUCUGAACGCUCCAGGGGGCUACCGCUGUGAAUGUGAGAUGGGCUUCACCCCCACCGAGGACAGCAAGGCCUGCCAGGGUUAGAAUAACACACUUUCUUUUUCACCCUGUGAUUCCUUUCAUUUUUAUCACCAUAGAUCCUGACUGAUCCUCUCUGUGUUUUCCAUCUGUAGAUAUCGACGAAUGUAACUUCCAGAACAUCUGUGUGUUUGGAACGUGUCAGAAUCUACCGGGGAUGUUCAGGUGUGUGUGUGACGACGGCUACGAACUGGACCGCAGUGGAGGAAACUGCACUGGUGAGCAACACACACCCUCUACCACACACUGAGAACUCUGCCACGGCAUCACUCCGUACCAACUCAAUCCGGCAACCCUCAUAUUUCUCCAUCAAUUUGGACUUUCUAUUCCCUCGCUGUACCUCUCAAUCUCAGGAAUGCAGCCGCAGCAAGUCUGUGAGAUUAACAAGGCUCUUUCUGCUUUCUCAAGUCCUCUCACAGUCUGAAAGCAUAGCUUUCAUCAAGUGUAUGUCUCGUGUUAAAGUGUUUGUGUGUGGCUCUAUGUGUGUUAGUUAGUGUUGGUCAUAAAGUGUGUGUUUCUGGCUCUGUGUGUGUUCCAGACAUUAACGAAUGUGCGGACCCUGUGAACUGCAUCAACGGCUUGUGUGUGAACACACCAGGAAGCUACCUGUGUAACUGUCCUCCUGACUUCGAGCUCAACCCUACUGGAGUGGGCUGUGUGGGUAAGUACUGGACACCUGGCAUUAGAGCAAUGCUAAUAUCUCGUAGCCAUGGAGAUGAAGACACCUCAGCCAAUGAAUGAUUGGCAGGAAGUGUUGAUGGGUGUAAGUGUAACAAUAGUUUAUUUCCCUCAUCUCAGACACGCGAGUGGGCAACUGUUUCCUAGAUACGUUGGCGCGUGGCGACGGGGGCAUCUCCUGCAGUGCUGAGAUCGGCGUGGGCGUCACCCGCGCCUCCUGCUGCUGCUCCCUGGGAGGAGCCUGGGGAAACCCCUGUGAACUCUGCCCCCCCAUCAACUCCAGUACGUACAAUAAAGCUUGGUCGAACCAAAACAUGACAGACAUUUUCUUUUUGAAAAAAAAGAUCUGAGCUAAUCUUGCCCAAUUCCACUUAUGUUUUUGAGGAAUAUGUUGUCCUAGAUUGAUGUUUUGGGGUCUUUUUUUGUCUGUAGCGGAGUACAAGACACUGUGUCCCGGAGGAGAGGGCUUCAGACCCAACCCCAUCACUGUCAUCCUGGAAGGUAACACAUCCUCUCUGUCCUAUUCUUCUACUUGUCCUGAUCUUAUUAUUCAUCUUGUAUGUCACCAACAAACGAAAACAGGGCUCUCUGAGCUCGAGACUCUCGAGUAGCUUAAGUAGGAGAGAUGAAGUAGCAGGAGGAGAUGAGAGAGAAUAGAGGGAGAGAGAGAGAGAGCGAGAGAGCGAGCGAGAGAGAGAGGAGCGAGAGAGAGAGAUCUCUCUCUCUCUCUCGCUUCUCUCUCUCUCUCUCUCUCUCUCUCUCCUCUCUGUCUCUGUCUAUCUCUCUAUCUAUCUCUCUCUCUCUCUCUCUCUCUUCUCUCGCUCUCUCUCUCUCUAUUCUCUCUCUUCUCUCUCGCUCUCCUCUCUCUCUCUCACUAGACAUUGAUGAGUGUCAGGAGCUGCCAGGCCUGUGCCAGGGUGGUAACUGUGUCAACACCUUCGGCAGCUUCCAGUGCGAGUGCCCUGCAGGCUACUACCUCAACGAGGAGACACGCAUCUGCGAGGGUAAGAGGGCAAAGGUCGCAGAGGGGUCAGAUGUCAAUACUAUCUGUAAGAGGGGUAGCUGUUAUGUCUGUACUGUCAGUAAGUGGGGUACUUAUUCAGUACUGUUCUGUUAGAUUGGUAUUAUAUUAGUACUGUGUGUAACCAUGUGUAUUCUCUGUGUGUGUCUAGAUAUUGAUGAGUGCACAGCACACAUUGGAAUCUGUGGUCCUGGUACCUGCUACAACACCUUGGGGAACUACACCUGUGUGUGUCCUCCUGAGUACAUGCAGGUCAACGGAGGAAACAACUGCAUGGGUGAGUCAGACCACACUGGGUGGUGCAUAUACUGUAUGUAUGUAAAUAAACAGUUUACUAAUGGUUUACAAACUAUAAUGGAUUCUAAACAGUUAUUGAGUUGUGUAUUUAUGGUGAGUCAUUCUCUACCCCCUCUCUGACAUCAUAGACAUGAGGAAGAGCGUGUGUUACCGCAAUUUCAAUGACACGUGUGAGAAUGAGCUGUCGUUCAACAUGACCAAGAAGAUGUGCUGCUGUGCCUACAAUGUGGGCAGGGCCUGGAACAAGCCCUGUGAAGCCUGCCCUACCCCUGCCACCUGUGAGUUGGCACAAAAGACACUCACACACACACACUAUCUCCAGCACUUUCAAUACAGCCCCUUAAUAUGUUCUUAAUAUGUUCUUGGUGCAUAAGUUCACUCAGUUGUUUUGUCCUCUCCCCCACAGCGGAGUACCAGUUACUGUGUGGGAACCAGGCUCCUGGGUUCAUCAUAGACAUCCACACGGGCAAGCCCAUCGGUAAGGUUGUUAGGUCAAAUAGGUCAUAAUGGCCUACUGCUUGCUCAACACAUAAACUGAUCUAUAUUGGCAUCAUUAUUGUAAUUAUAUGGUACCACCAUGUCUGUGUCUAUUGUAAAUCGUGCUUUUCAAGACUUAGUCGAGUAGAAAGUGGCUUUGUGAGUGAAAGAGUCGCUAACAUAGCAUGAUGUUUCUGUAUUGUUCUGUAGAUAUUGAUGAGUGUCGAGAGAUCCCGGGGAUAUGUGCCAACGGAGUGUGUAUCAACCAGAUAGGAAGCUUCCGAUGUGAAUGUCCCAUGGGUUUCAGUUAUAACAAUAUACUGCUCAUCUGUGAAGGUAAGGCUCGGACACACACGCAACUACACACACACAUACUCACACUCAGUCUAUAUAUAAUCUCUGACACUCUCACAUAAAACAAUCACUUACAGUCAUUUAGCAGACACUCUUAUCCAGAGCGACUUACAGGAGCAAUUUGGGUUAAGUGCCUUGCUCAAGGACAGAUUUUUCACCUAGUCGGCUUUUCAGUUACUGGCCAAAUGCUCUUAACUGCUAGGCUACCUGCCACUUAAGAAGCACUCCUGAUCAGCAGACUUAAUGCUGCUCUCUCCUACAUUUAAUUAUCCUUGCUUGUAAAGACAGACAGCAGAGUAUACUGGCCCUGUAGGAGCCUAGUGCCAGGGUCUGCCAGUCCAGGGGACUUAAAUCACCCUAAAGCAGAGAUGCACUGAACCCCAGCCAGCCUGGCACUGUUCUGUUUGGUCCUCCUCAGCCUCUGUAUUACCUCACACUGGGUUUUUACUAGACGGUUAUGACCACUGUGACUGAUGUUCACUGCCCGCUCUUGUUUUUCUUCCCUCCAGAUAUUGACGAGUGUAACAGCGGAGACAACCUGUGCCAACGCAACGCCAACUGUAUCAACAUCCCAGGGAGCUACCGCUGCGAGUGCUCACCAGGCUUCAGGCUGUCCCCCAGCGGGGCCUGCGUGGGUGAGUCCAGACUCUGUGCCCAGGGGCAGCAGGGAUUUACCAUCUCAGAACAAUAGGGGGUUGGCGGGAUUAUGUUAAUGGUUUAUAAGUAAAGCGUACUACAGUGAGUUUCUCUGUUGAGAGGUAAUUGUACGAGAGUUAGAUGGUUUAUUAGUCAAUGGGAAAACACACAGAUGAUCGAUAUGUGGGUCGUUCCACCAGUUCGGUGCCUUUUGAGAAGUGUGACUUUGUCAGAAAAAAUGUUUGAUUUCACCUCAUUUUAACAUUCUGUAAUAAAGAACACAUGUUAAAAUGAAAAAGGUUAUACGAGUUGAAAAUGGCAGAUUUUGUCAUCGAUAAGCACCUUAAUUGGAAUGCAGUGGCUGUACAGUAACAUGCUAUACAUGACGUCAGAGCUCAGGUUCUCCGCUUUACAGCGCUGUAUUGGUUUUGACUGACAGCCGUUAUUACCUUGAGCACCUGACGCGACAAGAAUAUUUCCCCCAUUCCUCCCGCUAAUUGGGCUACUUUUGCCCAUUUGUUGUUGUCUGAGUGAGGGAAAUGCUGUAAAUCGAGAGGAGUUGAUGUGAUCUGAAAGAUUAGACGUUGAGGAUUAUAAUAAAUACAGCUUUGAUGUCAUACAAGUAAACCACACACCAAUGAGUCCAAAUGUGCACUUCACACAUUUCCAUAUUUGAAAACUUGUGUCAUUUACAGUAUCAACGUUUAUGAUCGCUAUGUUUGAUCCACAGUUACAAGGAUGACAUGCGUUAUACCCUGGGUUGUCCUGAACAUAUUAAGCCUAUGUUUGUCAUAUCGUGAACAAAAUUUACAGAGGAACACACACUUGAAUGCACUCAUGACUCCAUUCUAUGCGUACCAAAAUUGUUGAUUUUUGAAAGCCUAACACUAUAAUAUCGUAUUUUAUACCUUAGAUAGUCAUGUUUUCAAUAGAAUAACCUUUCAAAUUAUGCCCACCUGACCCAGAUUGCGAUUUAUAAUGGACUGUUUUUGGAUUGCGUAAACAACAACAGUAAUUGUGUGAUGGUGGGGAUGCAGGGCUGUGUUCCAAACAAAAAACUACAAGUGUGCUUGCUUCAGUUCCUCAAUGGCAAAGCUAGGAGAGCUCAAAAAAGCCCCUUUAUAGUUGAAGGCUCUUUCCUUGAGUCAUACAAGUGCUUUGAAAUUACUUAGGAACUGUGCACAGUUUGGAGAGGUGUGUGGACACUUGGAGACACCAGUUAGAUAUCUCACUCAAAAAUAUACUUAUUAUGUUACUGAAUGGACAGUAUCCAGAGUACGUUAUUGACAAAUGCUGUGAGAAGUACAGUAAAUGUGAAAUGCGCAUAAAAUCAAGAGUGUAAUGUUUGGAUUCAGUCUUGUUUAAGGUGAACUGUUGUGUCCUCACCUUUGGUCUGUUAAUUUCCCAUAAUCUCCAAAGUGUUCUCUUUUAAUUGCUACCAUGGUCAUGCUUUUUAUAGUUCUUCUGUUAAAAACAUUUCAGUUUGGCCCUAUCCAUAAAGGACAAUUUCCACACAUGUAAGGGGUUAAGUGCCAGAUAAAGUACAAGGGGUUUGUCGGGAAGCGUGAAUUUGCCCGAGGUGUGGAAAUGAUGGAUACAAGGAUAAGGUCAACAACUUCUAUAUUUAAAGGUUUAUUAAACAAAAAUAAUGUGCAGCAUAGAGGGAGACUAACACGUUCCUUCACAGCCACGUACCAAUCUGCCCCACAUCCUCAAGGGCAGGCAGGCAUAAAUAGUCUUGCUUAUCUGUUCGUUCCCCAAGUGUUCCGGGCCCCUGAUCAAAACAUUUAAUCAAGGUUGUCGAGAGCACUUGGGUCAGAGUGAGCCUUAUACUAGAUGUCUCGAUCAUUUGAAACCAUCGAUGGCUGAAUUUACAGCCAUUGACCCUUGGCAUCAGGGAGGUCACCUAGAGGUCACCUAGGAUACCAAGUUCUGCUUUAUGGUGACUCCUAACCUCUUGGAAGUCACUCAGGGGCUGAGUUCAGAUUUAAGGGGGGCCAAGAAUGUAGAUCUUAACAGGUUGACCGUAACAGGGUUGAGGAUUAUUUGAUCUUAAAUCCGCCAUAAAUCCCCUUGUGACAGGGGGAAUGGAAGCUUGUUGUGUGCAACAGGGAGUGGCUAUUGAAUUCAAGCUUUCCACCAUUUUUUUUUAUUGCUAAAACAUUUCUAGCCUGUCUAUCGAUGAGUAACAGGGUUGACAUGUUAUGCUCGACCCGCUCAGUUUUACACCACAAAACAACAGAAAAUGAGCAAAAAGAAUCAAACCAGCUCACCUGCUUUUACACUAUGAUUUUACUAUUAGGGUCUCUAUUUUCAGCUGGCGUUAAGCCAGCACAAUUGUCAAACGCACACUAGUUUGCAAUUUCAACCUGUUUAUGCUGGCGCUUUUCUGUAUUCGAACCCUUGCGCCAGGAUUGGUAAUUUACCUGUCUUAUAUGAGCUUGCUUGAGCUGAGGUGUGAGGGGUGGCAAUAUCUGAGUUGUGUCCUUAAAAACGUGCCAAAGUGCCAAUUUCAGGCAGCGCUGUUGGGGAUAUUUAAGACCAACCAAAAGCUGGUCUUAGCGGUAACCCAGUUGGUUAUGGCAUGGAUUUUGACAGCGGAAGCGCAGCCUAUCCAGCCGUGAUGCACAGUACCCAUAUGCACAUGGAACAAGAGAGAUUUGCUUUUAGUGCCCGUAAACCUGGUAUUAAGAAACAUAAAAAACAAAUGUUUUCUUUCCAAUUUCAUUUGAUAAAAAAAAAAAAACAUAGCCUCCCUUCCUGUCAAUGAAGGCAGUUUUUUUUUUCUGCCCAAUGCAUUCGCCAAGUAGUCAACACUAUCAUAAAGGGUUUAGCUCAUGAGACUGCUUUGAAACUAAUCUUAAUCACCUAUGCUUUAAUCACCAAAGAUCAAGUUUGGGAGCAUCCCCUUUUAAUAAACUGUAUCAAUCCACAAUGGACUAGGAAGGUAAUAUUCGGUGCCCCCAUGCAGACAAAAUGGAGUUGAUGACAACACAAAGACCGUCAAUAACCUACAGAACUUGAGACAACGGCAUGCAGUAUUAAGCCGUGAAACGUGUUGAUUGGCCAGUGAGUGGGCAAGCCCUCGUCACACCUAUAAUUUAUUUAUUCUUAAAAACACAGCCCUUUCGCGUCACCGCCAGCUAUUGCGCUCAUAAUUCCUGCAGUGAAAAUAGCACAAAUAUUUCUGACACCCUGGGACCUAUAGCCCUAUCGCCAGAGCUUAGAUUUAGCAUUGGGUUAGGUUUGUUAAAAUAGAGCAUUAAAUGUCCAAUGUUCCUUUUGAAGAAAAAAAUAUAUAUGAAUUGUUUCACCAUAUUAAAAUGAGAGUUUAGUGCACGUAACAGGGUUGACCUUAAAAUGAGGGACAGAUGUAAAUUAAUCACAUGAAAUAAAGAAUUAUCUUCAGAAAUGACUUUGUCAAAGCAACAAAAUAACUAGGGAUUUACAAUGAUGGUGAAAACUUGGAGAAAUGUUGGGGUUAAGCGGAUUAGAAUCUUCCUAGUCUUUGUUCAUAUAAAAAAAACAGAUUUAUUGAAUUCUCCAUGUGGUCUAUAUUAAAGGGAGCUUCAAUUAAUAUAACAGGCUUUUAAAAUUCAAUAUUGGUGCACAAUUUCUACUUAAAAUAUCAAAGGGCACUCUUUUCGUGGAACGUCUAUUAGUUAAUGCUGGAGCUGCCUUCUUGGCCUGGUCUCCCUUGGAAAACAGAUUAUUGAUCUCCAUGGAACUUCCUAGUUCGAUCAUUUAUUACAAAUGAACUAAAAAGUGUGUAUGAUGUAUGAAUCAAUGAAUGUUCUCUCCCUGUGUGUGUAGACCGUAACGAGUGCCAGGAGAUCCCUAACGUGUGUAGCCACGGAGAGUGUAUAGACACCCAGGGCAGCUACCGCUGUCUCUGUCACAACGGAUUCAAGGCUACCGCCGACCAGACCAUGUGCAUGGGUGAGUAAAGAAUCCCAGUGAACUCAAUAGACUUACAAUAGCAGACACAGUAUAUGAUCUAUAGUUUGGUUUCAAUCAACUCACCUCAGUCUCACCUGGUCCUCACCCCCUGGUCUCUCUCCAUCUCAGAUAUUGAUGAGUGUGACAGACAGCCGUGUGGGAACGGAACCUGUAAGAACACAGUGGGCUCCUACAACUGUCUCUGCUUCCCUGGCUUCGAGCUCACGCACAACAAUGACUGCAUGGGUACGUACUCGAUCACAUCCCAACGCACAUCUUGGAAAAUAAUUAUAUUACCAACCUUUAGGAGUAAUUCAGGCUAAAUGUUAAAAGGAACACUUUCAAUUGUGUAAUGAAGAAAUGUUUCAAGCAUAUUUUGAAUGAUAAGAUGAAAACGAACUAUCUCUAUCCACUUUCCAGACAUUGAUGAGUGCAGUGCGUUGGUGGGUCAGGUGUGUAGGAAUGGCCAGUGUAUCAACGGCCUGGGCUCCUUCCAGUGUCUCUGUCAGGAAGGCUACGAACUCACCCUAGACGGAAAGAACUGUGUUGGUAAGUUAAGUCAACUUCCAGGCAGACUAGGGGAAGAAAUACAUAUUGUAUGUCAAAUACUUUCAAAUACUUGACCCACGCUUGAUUUAGUUUGCCCUGUACAAUGGAACCAAUGGAAUAGUCAGAAAAGUGCAAACUCCAAGCUAAAUCAAGUAUUUGGAAUGUUUUAAUGUAUGUCUGAUCUGGACUUGGUGUGUGUGAACUGUAGUGUAUUUCUAGUGAGGAGUGUACUGCUGUCAUUUGUCAGAUAUCAAUGAGUGUGUGAGUCUUCCUGGGACCUGCUCUCCUGGAACCUGUCAGAACCUGGACGGAUCCUUCCGCUGUAUCUGCCCCAUUGGAUACGAGGUCCAGAACGACCAGUGUAUAGGUAGGAGUCUCCUUCACACACACACUGGACCAUUGGAGGUGAAAGAGAUCAUUAACAUUGACGCAAUUACGUACACACACACACACACUGGACCACCACAAAGAACAUGACUUCAUCACUUCUAUACAUACUGAUCCCACCUGCUCACACAGCUAGAGUCAGAAUACGCCCAAACCUACACAUCAGGGUGUCAAUGACCUGCAGCGACCACGCCAUCUGGCCCAACACACACAAACACCACACUGUGUAACGGCCUUAUAGCCACAUUUAUACACCCAUACACCAUCUGUCCUUGGAGUUUGAAACUCAUCCCCUCUCCCUCCUGUCAUCCUUCUUCUCCUCCCUCCCUGUCUCUCUCCUCCCAGAUAUCAACGAGUGUGAGGUGGAGCCCAAUAUCUGCCAGUUUGGCACAUGCACCAACACCCCAGGAAGCUUCCAGUGUAUCUGCCAGAAUGGCUUCGUUCUGUCUGACAACGGACGCCGCUGCUUUGGUGAGGGAGAAAACCCUCCAAGUAGUCACUAGAUGCCCAUGUUAGCGAGUACAAUUGUGGAAAUAUAGUCUCAGAAUUCUGUCCUUUCUAGUGUGGCCAAAAAGUAAUAACCUUUUGAGUACUGUCUCAGACCCAUUGGUGGUAGUCUAUUGUCUACUCUCCCCCUGACUUGGUUGUUUCCAACCCCUGCAGAUACCAGAGAGAGCUUCUGCUUCACCCGCUUUGAGUCUGGCAAGUGUUCUGUGCCCAAAGCCUUCAACACCACCAAGGCCAAGUGCUGCUGCAGCAAGAUGCCAGGCGAGGGCUGGGGGGACCCCUGCGAGCUGUGCCCACGCGAGAGCGAGGGUGAGUCACACACAUGACAUGUUCCACACACACACACAAACACACAGUACUUUUCCAUUCAUUGUAGUGAUAAUAAUGCAUUCUUCAACUCAAGCCAGUUGAUAAGAGCUAAACCAAAAUGAUCCUGUCUUGUUAUCAGUGUGCGUAGAUCUAACCUCUGACCUCUGUCUCCUUGUGUCUCCAGCGGCCUUUGACAGCCUGUGUCCCUAUGGCCAUGGAGCCCUGCCUGGACUAGGGGACGCCCGUGAGGGUGAGUGACAAGUGACACGACUGGGCCAACCGCAGACAUACCCACCCCUCAACUGCAUCAGCUCUUUGAUGACCCGAUGUCAAAACUCUCUAGUCAAUAAAGUGUCCUUAUCUGUCUUUCUGUAGAUAUGAAUGAGUGUCUGGACAACCCAGGCAUCUGUCAGAACGGUGUCUGUAUCAACACGGACGGAUCGUUCCGCUGCGAGUGUCCAUUCGGCUACAACCUGGACUACACCGGGGUCAACUGUGUUGGUGAGUUGACCCCUGACCCCUAUUGGUGAUGCUGAUGAUUUUUUAAAAUCUUUAUUUUAGCAGGGAGUCCCAUUGAGACCAAUGUCUCUUUUACAAGGGAUCCCUGCAUAUACACAAUUUACAAAUACAACAUAAUAAAAAUAUAAAAAAUUACAAAAUACACUCAAGAGAAACAAUCACAUUCCUCAGCAAAGAGGUCCCCAAUCAACAAUUUGAACUGCCCGAGAGGCACCGGUACAUCUAGUUGUAAGGAACUCUGUAGAUUGAUCCAUACAUGGGGAUGCAAAAAACUAAAAGCUGAUUUACCUAACUCAGUAGAGACCGAAGAGGUCUCCAGAGUCAGCCAUCCCUGAGACCAGGUAUGGUCUCAGGGAGCAAUGAAUCGACCUACGUGACUUCGAAGAGGGCCAGCCUACUUUCAUGUAUAGAAUGCAGUGAUGUGUACUGAACCUGACACCCGUAAUAAAGCGUAAUGCGCUAUGAUAAACAGCAUCUAACGGCUUUAAUGUAGUGGGAGCUGCAUUCAUAUAGAUGAUGUCGCCACAGUCUAGAACCAGGAAGAACGUCGACUGAAUCAUUUGCUUUCUGCUAUUUAACGAGAGGCAUGACCUUUUUCUAUAAAGGAAGCCCAUUUUUGUUCUCAACUUAAUAACUAACUCAUCAAUAUGCUUUUUAAAAGACAGCUUUUCGUCUAUCCAGAUGACCAGAUAUUGAUAAGCAGGGACACGAUCAAUGUAGGCACCAUCCAAAGUACAUAUGUCUAAAUCAUCAGAUACAUUUUUAAGUGUUCUGGAAAACAACAUACACUUGGUUUUAUCUGCAUUCAGCACCAAUUUCAGUUCAACAAAGAUUUUCUGUAAAGCAAUGAAUGCAGACUGUAGCUCAGAAAGAACCUGGUCAACCGUGGGAGCAUCGGCUUACACAACAGUGGCAUCAGCAUACAAGUGCAGGUUACAAUUUUUUACAGAUAAACCGAUGAGGAUGAUGAUUACAUUGACUGUCCUUCAUUCAAAAGGACAUUCUUGGCAGAGGUCAUAACAUUACCGCCCUCCCCCCUCUGUCUCCCCUUCCCACCUCUUCCUCCCCCCUCCCUCCCCCACCCCAGACACUGAUGAGUGCUCUAUAGGGAACCCGUGUGGUAACGGGACCUGUACUAACGUGUUGGGAGGCUUCGAGUGCUCCUGUCAUGAAGGCUUCGAACCCGGACCUAUGAUGACCUGUGAAGGUAUGUGACAUCAUAUGAAUACUCACCUUUCACAUUUCACCUAACUUUACACAUGGAAAAGUACAAAUGCUUAUGAUGAUAUACCAUCAGAUUCUACAAUUUGUCUUGUAUAAUAGAAUGUACUCAUCUCUCUCUCUCUCUCCCUCUCUCCCUCUCAUUCUCUCUCUCUCUCCCUCUUUCUCUCUCCCCAGAUAUCAACGAAUGUUCUCUGAACCCCCUGCUGUGUGCCUUCCGCUGUGUCAACACCUUUGGUUCCUACGAGUGCAUGUGUCCCUCGGGCUAUGUGCUGCGAGACGACCUCCGCAUGUGCAGAGGUGAGGGGACACCAUAAACUACCUCCACACAGGAGUCUCUCUCUCUCUCUCUCUCUCUCUCUCUCUCUCUCUCUCUCUCUCUCUCUCUCUCUCUCUCUGCGCUGAGCGAUUAGUGCUUUUUGAGGUCGGUUCGGUUUUUGUUUGAUUAUUUAAAAGAUUAUCACGGUUUUCGAUUUCAGUUUCGCUAAUAUUUUUUUACAUUAAAUGCACUAUGCAUUAUGUGUGUUGAAUGCUGUAACGACACAGAAUUCAACUAUUAAUAAAAGUCCCAUGCUGGUAGUGAAUGCCCAUUUCUGCUUAUCACUUAUUAACCAUCAUUUAAUCACAUUAUUUAAUACAGUAUGUCAGUUGUUGUGUAUAUUACAUUAGUUUCAUUUGAUGACUAUUAUUUCAUUCCACGUUUUCUGAGCUAAACUAUGUAGAAUAUUGGCAUGUUGGAAAAUACAACUCCCUACUACAUCGCACAGUUUGGGCUUGAUCUGAUUUAUCUGAUUUAGAGAAAACUGCGCAUUGAGCUCAGAAAACCCCCGAACAAAAUGGAAUACAAAUAAUUGAAAAAUCUAAUCGCUCAGCACUACUCUCUCUGCAGGAGCUUUUUCUCUCUCUUUCUCUCACCUCUCUCCUUCCAUCUCGCUCUCUCUCUCUCCCUUUAUCAGUAGUCAUAUGGAAACACUCAGGAAGACGAAACCAUGUGGGGUAGCUAUUAUACAGCUGUGGUAGAGUGAAGUCAUAAAUUCACCAGGAUGGUUUUAUAUGGUCAUGUUUUAGAGAUGGCAGUUUUACAGUGAACUGGGCUGGAUUCUGAAAAUAAUUUACAGUAGAAUCUUUUUUGUCAUUCAUCUGUUUUAGUAAUGAGUUUUUUCCUCCUUCUUAUCAUUACCAGUAGCCAAGCCAUAUUGGUUUAUUGUUCUUUAAACCUUUACUCUUCUCUCUCUCUCUCUCUCUCUCUCUCUCUUCUCUCUCUCUCUCCUCUAUCUCUCUCUCUCUCUCUCUCUCUCUCUCUCUCUCUCUCUCUCUCUCUCUCUCUCUCUCUCGCUUCUCUCUCUCUCUAUCGUCUCUCUCUCUCUCUCUCUCUCUCUCUCUCUCUCUCUCUCUCUCUCAAUUCAAUUCAAUUCAAUUUCAAUUCGCUUUAUUGGCAUGACGUAACAAUGUACAUAUUGCCAAAGCUUACUUUGGAUAUUUACAAUAUAAAAAAUAAAUAAAAAUGAGAAUCAAAAUUGUCAACGGGACAACAGUAACAACAAUAACCAACGGUCAAUAUAACCAUACAUUCAACAAUAACAAUAAUCAUACAGUGAGGACAUGUGCAGGUUUAUUGGUCUGUCAGACACUGUCCCUCAACUUAUGGCAGGCAGCAAUGUAGUGCGCUGCCAACCCAACAGCUCUCUGCGUCCUCCCCCAACAGGAUGGGUAGCCUAUCCUCAUCAGAGAGGUCUUUAAAACCUUGAAUAAGGAUUUCAAAUUUGGGGAAAUGACACUCUCUAAUUGUUUUAUAUUUUUGACAUUUUGUCAGGAAAUGCAGCUCCGUCUCAGGUUCUGCUGUUGUGCAGUGGUUGCACAGCCUUUCCUCUACAGGGAGCCAGGUUUUCCUGUGUCUACCCUUCUCAAUGGCAAGGCUGUGCUCACUGAGCCUGUACUUUGUCAAGGUUUUUCUAAGGUUUUGAUCAGUAACCAUGGUCAAAUAUUUAGCCAUAGUGUACUGUCGAUUUAGGGCCAGAUAGCACUGCAUUUUGCUUUGUGUUUGUGCUUGUGUUUCCCAAUAAGCAAUGUAGUUUGUUUUGACUGUGUUGUAAUUUGGUUUAUUCUGAUUGAUUGGAUGUUCUGGUCCUGAGGCUUCAGUGUGUUAGUAGAACAGGUUUGUGAACUCAGCCCCAGGACCAGCUGGAUGAGGGGACUCUUUUCUUUGCUCAGCUCUUGGCAUUGCAGGGCUUGGUAAUGAUAUGAGAGGGGGUCACUGUAUUUUAGAUGUUUCCAAAACUUAAUUGCUCUUUUUGAGUUUUUAUUAUUAGUGGAUAUUGGCCUAAUUCUGCCCUGCAUGCAUUGUUUGUAGUUUUCCUCUGGACACGUAGGAGAAUCUUACAGAACUCUGCAUGUAGGGUUUCAAUGGGGUGUUUGUCCCAUUUGAUGAAAUCUUGUUUUUGCAAGUGGACCCCACACCUCGCUGCCAUAAAGUGCAAUUGGUUCAAUGACAUAUUCAAUUAGUUUUAGCCAAAUUUUAAUAGUAUUUCAAUUUGAAUUUGCUUUUUAAUGGCGUAGAAUGGCCCUGCGUGCUUUCUCUCUCAGUUCAUUCACUGCCUCAUUAAGGUGUCCAGUUGAGCUUAUUUUUAAACCUAAGUAAUUGUAGUGUGUACAGUACUCUAUAUAUUUUGUACCAAUUGAGAACUUUGGUCUAAUUCCCUGAGAUCUGGAUCUUCUCUGGAAAAUCAUUAUUUUAGUCUUUUUGGGGUUUACUGCCAGGGCCCAGGUCUGGCAGUAAUGCUCUAGCAGGUCCAGGCUCUGCUGUAGGCCAGGUGCUGUGGGUGACAGCAGGCAUAGGUCAUCUGCGAAGAGUAGGCAUUUAACUUCUGAAUUGUGGAGACUAACACCAGGGGCUGAGGAUUUUUCUAGAAUAGUGGCCAAUUCGUUAAUGUAAAUAUUGAAGAGUGCAGGGCUCAGAUUGCAACCCUGACGAAGGCCCCGCCCCUGGUUAAAGAAUUCUGUCCUUUUCUUACCAAUUUUAAUGCUGCACGUAUUGCCAGUAUACAUUGAUUUAAUUAUGUCAUAUGUUUUACCCCCUACACCACUUUCAAUAACUUUGUAGAACAGUCCUGUAUGCCAAAUAGAAUCAAAUGCUUUUUGGAAGUCGAUAAAGCAAGUGUAUAUUUUGGUAUUAUUUUGGUGGACAUGUUUAUCUAUCAGGGUGUGUAAGGUGUAAAUAUGAUCAGUUGUGCGAUGUUUUGGUAUAAAUCCAAUUUGGCUUUUACUCAAGACAUUGUGCUUAUUAAGGAAGUUUAGAAGUCUUACAUUGAUGAUACUACAGAAAACCUUCCCCAGGUUACUGUUCACACAAAUGCCUCUGUAAUUGUUAGGGUCAAAUUGUCUCCAUUCUUAAAGAUUGGGGUUAUGAGUCCUUGAUUCCAGAUGUCAGGGAAAUAACCUACACUCAGGAUCAAAUUAAACAAUUUUAAUAUAGCCAAUUGAAAUUUUGCACUAAUGAGUUUGAGCAUUUCAUUUAGGAUGCCAUCAGGUCCGCAGGCUUUUUUAAAUUUGAGAGCCUGAAGUUUCUUAUAGAGCUCCUGGUCAGUAAUUGGGGAGUCCAAUGGGUUUUGAUUGUCCUUUAUAGCUUUUUCUAAUCCAUUCAACUUCUCAUGGAUUUGGCGUUGUUCUGCGUUUGUGUCAAUUUGAACGGUGUUGUAGAGUGUUUUGAAAUGGGUUGUCCAUAUGUCACCAUUUUGUAUUGCUAAUUCCUCUUGUUUAGAUUUUUUUAGUUUUUUUCCAAUUUUGCCAAAAGUUGUUUGUGUUUAUGGACUCCUCAAUUAGUGUCAGCUGCUUGCUGUUGUACUGUGCUUUUUUGGUUCUGAGUGUACGUUUAUAGAGUUUUAGAGUCUCACAGUAAUGAAGGCGUAAUUCACCAUUAUUUGAGUCUCUGUGCUUUUGGUUGGAUAGUGUUCUAAGUUUUUUCCUUAUAAUUUUACAAUCUGCAUCAAACCAGUUGUCAUCUGUGUUUUUUUUAGUUUUGUUUUUUAUCAAUUUCAAUUGUGCUUCUUUUGCCGUUUGCCUGAAUAUAUAGUUGAUGUUUCGUACUGCUAGAUUGAUGCCUUCUUUACUGUGAGUGAAUGUGGUAUCCAGAAAGUUAUCUAAGAGUGUUUGGAUAUUUUGGUUCCAGGUUGCUUUCUGGUAUUCUUCUGUGCUGUUUUGGGCCCAUCUGUAUGAAUUUCUGAUGUUGUACAGCUUACUGGGUUGUGAAUGUGUGGUUGUUUCCAGGUCUGUUCUUUUGAGGAACAACGUAAUUUGGCUGUGAUCAGACAGAGGUGUUAGUGGCUUGACAGUGAAUGAGCUGAGAGAGAAAGGGUCCAUGUCUGUGAUCAUAUAGUCUACUGUACUGUGGCCAAGAGGUGAGCAGUAGGUGAAUCUCCCCAAAGAGUCCCCCCGUAACCUACCAUUGACAAAGUACAGACCCAGGCUUCUACAGAGCUGCAAAAGAUCCCUUCCGUUUUUGUUGACGGUGCUGUCACUGUUGUUUCUAUGGGGGAGAUUAAGAUAGUUAGAAACAGUAUGGUCUGUAAUAAAGCUGUCCCCUCGUGUGCUCGUUAGAUCAGGUAGUGUUCCUGUGCGCGCAUUUGUGUCCCCACAGAUGAGCACAUUUCCCUGGGCCUGGAAAUGGCACGUCUCUUCCUCGAGGGUGGGGAAGAUCUCCUCUGAGUAAUAUGGGGAUUCUGAGGGGGGGAUAUAUAUUGCGCAAAGGAACACAUCUUUUCCUGUCAGUACAAGUUCUUUUUUUAGUUUUAACCAAAUGUGGUAUUUGCCAAUUUUGAGGGGAUCAAUUAGAUUUUGUAGUUCGGAUUUGUACCAAAUGAUCAAUCCUCCAGAGUCUCUGCCUCUAUUGACAGAGCUGUGUUUCUGUGAUGGCACAAUGAUCUCUCUGUAGCCUGUGGGACAGUGAGUGACAACGUCAGCCUUACACCAUGUCUCCUGCAGAAUGAUGACGUCAACAUCUUUCAGAUUUUUGUUGAACUCCAGUGCUAAAACUCUUCAGACCAAAGGUUGAUGAGUUUAGACCCUGAAUGUUCCACAUGCUAACUGAUAGUGAUUUCAUGUUGCAAAAAGAAGGAGUAGCAGUCAGAAACACAGUAACGAUUAACUAAUAAGUUGUUAAGAGCGAGAUAAACAGGAUAUCAGCUAACAUUUAUUCUGUUAUUCUGUUAAAUAUUCCUAUUCAUUGAACAAGUAAAUUCUAGUACAAUAGGUGUGUGUGUGUGGUGUGUGUGUGGUGUGUGUGUGUAUGCGUCCGUGUGUGUUUAGUGCAGUUUAGUGCAGAUGUAUUGGAGGAGCUGUUUAAUCUCACUUAAUCCUACAGGGUUCUCCUGUCCUCUGACGACCUCCGCGUAGCUGCGCUGGUCCUGCUGUUGGGCCCUGUGAGGUGGAGGGGGGCCAGGUCUGGGCUGUGGGACUUCCUCUCUGGUCUGGUAGGGGUGGUGGUCUGGUGCGGGAUAAUAGGCUGGGCCCGGUCUGGUCUGGCUAAGCCGAUGGAAGUGGUGAUGCUCUGGGGGUGGGUGGGGCCUGUGGGGUGCACUGGGUCUGGUGUGGCGUUGAAGGGGCCUGGGGCUCCUUGGUGGUGCAGUGGUCUGGUAGGGGUCUCUGGGUGCUCCUCUGUCCAGUACAGCAUGGGGUGUUUGUCUACCAAGUGCUACGUCCUUUAGGGACUUGGCAAACAUCCCUACUGUCUGCUUCCUCAGGUGGGAGUGGUCGUGUAGAUGCUCUGGGGUGAUUGUUGGGUGGUGAGCAAUGUGUAUGUUCGGGAGUAGGCCACACCCUCUGGUGAUGUCAGCGUUGGCUUUCUGGAUGGUACGGGGAUGAAAGUCUUUGCGGGGCAGCAGAGUGGAGAUGGUGAUGUGGGAGUUGGGGAACCACUCAGAGGCCCUCUCUGCUACUCUGUUGACCAGGCUGCCUACUCUCUCCUGCUCCUCUCGCAGGUUGUUGGUGCCGGUGUGAAUAAUAAUGUGGCCUGGUGUGCCAAAGUCAGGCUGGGACAGGAUGUGGAGUGCAUCUUGUGUUUUUGGGCACCAUAUUUUGCGCACCUUGUGUUGGGGGAAGAGUUUAUCUUCUUGAAUGAAUUUCCCAUUUGAGUCAAUGAGGAUGGCCACCUCAGUGGGUUUUACCAGAUUGGUGCGUUUUCGGUCUGGGGCUGGAGUAGACAGGGCCUGUGUACAUGGAGGGGUGUGUGGGGGUGUGUCAGGGGGGGCCAGAGAGCUUCUCUCUGUAGUAGUUGUCUCAAUGUGGGCCUCUUUGUUGACUGGGGGUGUGGGUAAAGUGUUGUCGGUAUGGGGGGGGAUUGUGGGUAAAGGUGGGUCAGUGGGGUUGUUAGGGGUGGUGAGGGGCUGCAGCUUCUCUCUGGGAGUCUCUACAGUCUGUUCUCUCUGCUGUAGCACCCUCUUGAUGACAGACAACUCCUUUGCCAUCUCCUCCUUUACCUGCACUAGCUCUCUCCUCAUGGUGGCCUUUACCUCCUCAAGCGCUGUGGUAAGGCUCUCUCUCAGCUCCUGGACAGAGUUCUUCAGCUGGGUCCUGCACUGGUUGAUCUGGUCCUGUAGAAGCUCUGUGUCUGGGCUGGGGGUGGUGUAGCUGGGGGGCUGCUCCUUCAGCUCAGUAACCCAUACCUCUAACAGAGCCAGCCUGUCUCUCAACAGGCUGAUGGUAGUGUGGUCUUGGCUCUGGUGGUUGUAGGCAGGCAGGGGGGAGGAUAGUCCUGCUGUUGGGGUGCCUGAGGUGAGGGGAGAGGUCAGGGUGCUGUCCUUGUCUUUUUUACUUUCUGCUAUCUUCAUUAGGGUGGGGAAGUCCUGCACAACAGAGCUGAGUGCAGCCUCACUGCCCUGGACCAUGAUAGUACCGUUCUGAUACAUGUUUACCGUCAGAAACCUGUUUUCCUGGUCCUUAUCGCUGUCCUCAAAAAUGUGGAUUUGUCUUCCCUUGCAGAUGCCUUUCUUCGUGGUGUAGCUGAAAUGGCUAGUUACAGCUGUAUGCCAGGCAGUAGUGUGGUCUGUGUAAAAUAGCAGGUUUGUAACAGUCCCGUUUUGUGAGCAGUCAGCAAACAAAGUUUCUGGGUUUUCCCUCAGAAUUCGGUGUUUAAAGUUGAUUCUUCCCUUCUCUGAUUUUAUUUCUGCUGGGUAUUCAAAAAACAACGGAGAAAGUCUCUCAGUCUCUGCCGUUACUAUCGAUGCUAGCGCUGCCUCAGUGGCCAUGUUGCUAUGGUUACCACCAGUAAACGGUUAGAGCUGGACGGUGAGCUAGCUGACAGAUUUUAAUUUGGCUAGCUACCACGAUGAAGAUUGGUCUUUUUACUCACUCUCUGUCAAUCUUUUCCUCCUGUUUUGAUCUUCAGUUGUACAAUUAGAUUACCUAUACAUUUUUUGCUAAUUUAGUCGUGUCAAUCUCGCUCUUAACAACCAAAAAGUUAUAACAAGUCAGGAGCUGUUCUUCUGCAUGACUUCCCUCUCUCUCUCUCUCUCUCUCUCUCUCUCUCUCUCUCUCUCUCUCUCUCUCUCUCACUCUCACUCUCUCUCACUCUUACUCUUACUCUUACUCUUACUCUUACUCUCACUCUCACUCUCACUCACUCAUUCUUUAUAUCUUACUCUCUCUAUCGCUCACUCUUUAUAUCUUACUCUCUAUCUCUCCCUCUCGCACUCUCCCUCUCAAUCUUUCUCUCUCUCCAGACCAGGAUGAGUGUUCAGAGGGGCUGGAUGACUGUGACUCCAAGGGCAUGUCCUGUAAGAAUCUGAUUGGCAACUUUAUGUGUAUCUGCCCCCCUGGCAUGCAGCGCAGACCUGACGGAGAGGGCUGCAUGGGUGAGUCACACACAAAGACACACAGACACAGGCAUACACACACACACACACACACACACACAGACAGACACACAAAAACACACACACUGCAGGAGAGAAGUAGGACACUUCUUGAAAGUGAUUACAUUUUAUUUCACACUGUUCUAAACUUUCAUCUUCUCCCCUCUUCUCCUUCGCCCCCUCUCUUCUCUCUCAUCUUCCUCUCCUCUCAUCUUUCAUCCUCCUCCCCCUGGCAGACCUGAAUGAGUGUCGUGCGAAGCCUGGCAUCUGUAAGAACGGGCGCUGUGAGAACACAGUGGGAAGCUACCGCUGUGUGUGCAACGAAGGCUUCCAGCCCAGCUCCACUGGAACAGAGUGUAUCGGUGAGCAUAUCACCACAAAGGAUUCUGCAGAAGGAUGCACAACCCAUCCAUGCAAUUUCAAUGUAACCACAUCAAAACAAAAUAAUAAAAGAAUAUAUCACCCCUUCCACACACACACUUGAUAUACAGCUCCUGUAUAUUGCUGACUUCUCUCUCUCUCUCUCUCACACUCACUCACUCAGUCACUCAGUCACUCAGUCACUCACUAUCCUCCCUCCACCCCUACAGAUAACCGACAGGGCUUCUGUUUCACCGAGGUGCUCCAGACUAUGUGCCAGCAGGGCUCCACCAACAGGAAUAGUGUCACCAAAUCUGAGUGCUGCUGCAACCUCGGACGUGGCUGGGGACCCCAGUGUGAGCUCUGCCCUCUGCCUGGCACCGUGCAGUACAAGAGGAUGUGCCCACUGGGACCCGGGUACACCACCGACGGCAGAGGUUAGAGAGGGGAGAGGAUGUGAGAAGGGGUUGAGGGAGGGUCAUAGUAAAUGGUAAAGGAAUGUGGAAGGAGAUAGGGAUGUGUGUGUGUUUGUCUAACCUCCUUGCCUGCUGUUGUUGCAGACAUCAAUGAGUGCACGGUGAUGCCAGACCUGUGUAAGAACGGCCAGUGCAUCAACACCAUCGGAUCGUUCCGCUGCCACUGCAACGUGGGUUAUACCACCGACUUCACCGGCACCUCCUGCAUUGGUAUGACCCGUCUCUCUCUCUCUUACUGGGCCUUGGACCAAACCAUCCUGCCCCGGGGUAGAAAUGGCCCUCAUUCUGAUCGUAUUACUCACUACUGUUUCCUGUUCUUUUUUUCAGAUAUGGAUGAGUGUUUUGCGUCUCCCAAGCCCUGUAACUUCCUGUGUAAGAACACAGAGGGCAGCUACCUGUGCUCCUGCCCCAGAGGAUACACCAUGCAGCCUGAUGGAAAGACCUGCAAAGGUGGGUCAAAUCAAAUCCAAUAUUAUUUGUCACAUGCUUCUUAAACAACAGUUGUAGACUAACAGUGAAAUGCUUACUUAUGGGCCCUUCCCAACAAUGCAGAGAGAAAAAAGAAUAGAAAAAUGAUAACACUAUAAAUAAAUACACAAUGACUAAUGAUAACUUGGCUAUAUACAUGGGGUACCAGUACCGAGUCGAUGUGCAGGGGUAAGAGGUAAUUGAGGUAGAUAAAGUGACUAGGCAACAGGAUAGAUAAUAAGCAGUAGCAGCAGCAUAUGUGAUGAGUCAAAAGAGUGCAAAAGGGGUCAAUGCAGACAGUCCGGGUAACUAUUUGGUUAACUAUUUAGCAGUCUUAUGGCUUUGGGGUAGAAGCUGUUCAGGGUCCUGGGGGAAGAAGCUGUUCAGGGUCCUGUUGGUUCCAGACUUGGUGCAUCGGUACUGCUUGCCGUGCAGUAGCAGAGAGAACAGUCUAUGACUUGGUUGGCUGGAGUCUUUGACAAUUUUUAGGGUCUUCGUCUGACACCGCCUUCUAUAGAGGUCCUGGAUGGCAGUGGGCUCGGCCCCAGUGAUGUACUGGGCCGUACGCAGUACCCUCUGUAGCGCCUUGCAGUCGGACGCAAAGCAGUUACCAUACCAAGUGGUGAUGCAGCCAGUCAAGAUGCUCUCAAUGGUGCAGCUGUAUAACUUUUUGAGGAUCUGAGAGCCCAUGCCAAAUCUUUGUCCAGGAUGUCCAGGAUCCAGUUGCAGAGGGAGGUGUUCAGUCCCAGGGACCUGAGCUUAGUGAUGAGGUUGGAGGGCACUAUGGUGUUGAACGCUAAGCUGUAGUCAAUCAGCAGCAUUCUCACAUAGGUGUUCCCCUUGUCCAGGGCAGAGUGCAAUAGAGAUUGCGCCAUCUGUGGACCUGUUGGGGCGGUAUGCGAAUUGGAGUGGUUCCAGGGUGUCUGGGAUGAUGGUUUUGAUGUGAGCCAUGAUGUCACGAACGUCUUCCAAAUGAGUAGACCAAAGCGCAGCGCGUUGAGCGAACAUGACUUUAUUAAUUCAAAGUCUGGAACAAAACAAUAAAACAAGAACGAUUCGUGAAGUCCUCUGCUAUACUGACAGAACAUGGAACAAAAACCCACAACCACAAGGUGAAAACACACAGUAUAAAUAUGGCUCCCAAUCAGAGACAACGAGCCAACAGCUGACACUCGUUACCUCUGAUUGGGAGUCACUCAACCAAACCAAGAAAUACAACACAUAGAACCACCCAACCAAACAAAACACCACGAAACGAACAUACCCUGGCUCAACACACAAAGUCCCGGAGCCAGAGUGUGACAGUACCCCCCCCUAAAGGCGCGGACUGCGACCGCGCCUCAACUAGGGCUAACCAAGGGAGGGCUGGGUGGGCAUACCUCUUCGGCGGUGGUUCUGGCUCUGGUCGUGGUCCCCACCCCACCAUAGUCACUACCCGCUUUCGUAGCCUCCUCCAACUGACCCCCACCGGAUUAAGGGGCAGCACCGGACUAAGAGGCAGCACCGGACUAAGGGGCAGCACCGGACUAAGAGGCAGCACCGGACUAAGGGGCAGCACCGGACUAAGGGGCAGCACCAGGAUAAGGGGCAGCACCAGACUAAGGGGCAGCACCGGACUAAGGGGCAGCACCGGACUGAAUGGCGGAUCCUGGCUGGCUGGCUCUAGCGGAUCCUGGCUGGCGGAAGGCUCUGGCUGAUCCUGCCUGGCGGAAGGCUCUGGCUGAUCCUGCCUGGCGGAAGGCUCUGGCUGAUCCUGUCUGGCGGAAGGCUCUGGCUGAUCCUGUCUGGCGGAAGGCUCUGGCUGAUCCUGUCUGGCGGAAGGCUCUGGCUGAUCCUGUCUGGAGGAAGGCUCUAGCGGCUCCGGUCUGGCGGACGGCUCUGAAGGCUCAUGGCAGACGGGCGGCUUAUGCAGCGCUUGGCAGACGGACAGUUCAGACGGCGUUGGGCAGACAGGCAGUUCAGGCGCCGUUGGGCAGACGGGCAGUUCAAGCGCCGUUGGGCAGACGGGCAGUUCAGGCGCCGUUGGGCAGACGGCAGACUCUGGCCGGGCGACGCGCACCGUAGACUUGGUGCGGGUGGCAGGAACAGGCCGGACCGGGCUGGCGACGCGCACCGUAGACUUGGUGCGGGUGGCAGGAACAGGCCGGACCGGGCUGGCGACGCGCACCGUAGUCUUGGUGCGGGUGGCAGGAACAGGCCGGGUCGGGCUGGCGACGUACACCGUAGGCUUAGUACGUGGAGCAGGAACCGGCCGGGCUGGACUGGCGACGCACACCGUGGGUCUGGUACGUGGCGCAGGAACAGGUCGGGCUGGACUGGCGACGCACACCGUGGACUUGGUGCGGGGAGCAGGACUAUGCCGGACCGGGCUGUGGAGACGGAUAGGAGGCCUGGAGUGAACAGCGGCCACCACCCGUCCUGGCUGAAUGCCUACCCUCACACACUCUGUGUGAGGCAUCCGCACAGGACGUACAGGGCGGUGUACCCCUGGCCUGGUGGCCUCCUGGAUUCGCCCCAUCUUUGCCUCCGUCGUCCAUGCCGUGUGCUUGAUGCGUGGAGUCGGAACAGGUCGGGCUGGGCUGGCCACGCACACCGUAGGCUUUCUACGUGGAACAGGAACCGGCCGGGCUGGACUGGCGACGCACACCGUGGGCUUGAUGCUUGGAGUAGGAACAGGCCGGUCCGUACUGGGAACACACACCACUGGCCUCAACCGGGGAUCAGGAACGGGCCGGUCCGGACUGGUAACACACCUCAGUCUCUCACGCCGUGCCUCAACUGCUUCCCUCCCUCUAUUCGCCAAUGGCUCCCGUAAUCCGGUAGCCUUCUCUCCACAUCUCCCUGUGGCAGCCUCCUGCUGCCCAGCCGCCCAAGCCAUGUGCCCCCCCCAAAAAACUUUUUGGGGUUGCCUCACGUCCUUCCAACGAUGACCCUGCUGACGCCGUUGCUCCUCUCUCGCCAGGGCCUUGAUCUUCCCCCAAGGUCCCUUGCCCCCGAGCAUGUCCUCCCAGGACCACGAUUUGCCCACCUGGGCCAUCGCCAGCCUCUCGAUCUCCUUACCAGGCGCCUCCUCCCAUGUCCAGUCUCUUUGCUCCCGGACACGCUGCUUGGUCCUUUGAUGGUGGGUUUUUCUGUCACGAACGUCUUCCAAAUGAGUAGACCAAAGCGCAGCGCGUUGAGCGAACAUGACUUUAUUAAUUCAAAGUCUGUAACAAAACAAUAAAACAAGAACGAUUCGUGAAGUCCUCUGCUAUACUGACAGAACAUGGAACAAAAACCCACAACCACAAGGUGAAAACACACAGUAUAAAUAUGGCUCCCAAUCAGAGACAACGAGCCAACAGCUGACACUCGUUACCUCUGAUUGGGAGUCACUCAACCAAACCAAGAAAUACAACACAUAGAACCACCCAACCAAACAAAACACCACGAAACGAACAUACCCUGGCUCAACACACAAAGUCCCGGAGCCAGAGUGUGACACAUGACCAGCCUUUUAAAGCAUUUCAUGGCUACAGAUGUGAGUGUUACGAGGCGAUAGUCAUUUAAACAGGUUACCUUGGCGUUCUUGGGCACAGGGACUAUGAUGGUCUGCUUGAAACAUGUAGUUAUUACAGACUGGGUCAGGGAAAAUGUCAGUGAAAACACUUGCCAACUGGUCAGCGCAUGCUCUGAGUACACAUCCUGGUAUUCCGUCUGGCCCCGCGACCAUGUGAAUGUUGACCUGUUUAAAGGUCUUACUCACAUCGGCUACGGAGAGCGUGAUCACACAGUCGUCCAGAGCAGCUGGUGCUCUCAUGCAUGGUUCAGUGUUGCUUUCCAUUAAGCGAGCAUAGAAGGCAUUUAGCUCGUCUGGUUGGCUCGUGUCACUGGACAGCUCGCGGCUGGGUUUUCCUUUGUAGUCCGUGGUAGUUUGCAAGCCCUGCCACAUUUGACGAGCGUCAGAGCCGGCAAAGUAGGAUUCCAAAAAAAGUCCUGUAUUGACGCUUUCAUAUAACUACGGUACAUACAGUAUACAUGCUUUUUUUCACAGCAUAUUAACAAAUCCAUCUUUUUACCCCUCUACUACAGAUCUGGAUGAGUGUUCCACUAAGCAGCAUAACUGUCAGUUCCUGUGUGUCAACACCAUUGGAGGGUUCACCUGCAAGUGUCCUGCGGGCUUCACCCAGCACCAAACCGCCUGUAUCGGUGAGUGGCCGUGAACAAGAUACACACUUUGCUUAGGACAAUUCUACUACCUAGAAAAGUUUUUAAAAACUUAGACUCAGAACUGUUAGUUCCCAUAAGCACCUCACUUGCACCUAAUUUGAACCCCAAUUUUUUUUUUUAUGAAAUCUCAUGAAUGUGUAUCUUCAUCUCUCUUAGACAACAAUGAGUGUAAUGGGCAGAACAGUGUGUGUGGCUCCAGAGCCUCCUGUGUCAACACUCCCGGCAGCUUCAACUGUGACUGUGGGAAAGGCUUCUCUCUGGACACCACUGGCCUGGAGUGUGAAGGUAAGACAGACGCACGCAUGCAGACAAACACACACACACUCCCAGCCAUAAGCUCACACACAUACACUCCACCAACUUUUGCUAGUUUUAACCCAAAAUGCCUUAUGGAAUGUUUAAACCUCCAUGUCUGUGACAUCUCCUUCAGAUGUGGAUGAGUGUGGUAGUAACCAUCGCUGUCAGCACGGCUGUCAGAACAUGAUGGGAGGUUUCCGCUGUGGCUGUCCUCAGGGCUAUGUACAACACUACCAGUGGAACCAGUGUGUGGGUAAGUGGGACAGACACACACCAGUCACAAGACCAGUCACUUACUUAAACCCUUUUUGCUUUAAGUGGUGCAUACGGCCACAAGAUAUGUCACUGCCCAGUAUUGAGACAUAGGAGCUGUGCUCUAUGUGUCAUAUUCUCAAUGACGAUUCAGGACCUAACUUACCAAGUAUCUGCAUCAAUCAACAAAAUCUGAUACUGUGUGCACAACGUGCUUAGGCUUGUCUUUUACUAAUUUUGACCCAUCAAUCUGUCUGUCUCUGUCUCUGUCUCUGUCUCUCUCUCUCUGUCUCUCUGUCUCUCUGUCUCUGUCUCUCUGUCUCUCUGUCUCUCUGUCUCUCUGUCUCUGUCUCUCUCUCUCCUCUCUAUAGAUGAGAAUGAGUGUUCGGGUGCGUCUGUGUGUGGCUCGGCCUCCUGCUACAACACCCUGGGCAGCUUUAAGUGUGUGUGUCCGUCCGGUUUUGACUUUGAGCAGGGAGGGGGCGGGUGCCAGGAUGUCAAUGAGUGUUCCAUGGGCAGUAACCCCUGCAGCUUCGGCUGCUCCAACACAGACGGAGGAUACCUGUGUGGCUGUCCUGGAGGAUACUACAGGGCUGGACAGGGGUGAGUGGAUGGGAGACUUAGCCUUACAUUGACUGACUGACUGACUUACACCAGGGUUUCCCAAAUGGGUUGAGGCUUGUGGCUGAUUCCUUAUGGGUUAAUGGCUCAAAACUUGGUCUUGGUUACAACCAUUGGUUUUAUUCACUUAUUGUGUGAAGAGAAAAAAUACAUAUCUUAAAGACUUCAAAAGCUUUAGGUUGGUCACAGCACAAAAAUGUAUUUGGAGCCACUGGGAACCUCAUACAACACAACACUGUAUAAACGGUCACACUUAUUUUCUCCACAAGAGUAUCUCUCAGUGUUAAGGAAUGUGAGUUCUAAAUGUGAGUACUAUGUCCUGACAUCUAUCUCUCUCUCUGUUGUCUCCUCAGUCAUUGUAUUACAGGCCAGGGCUUCCAGGACCAGUUUAGUUCUGAGGGAGAUGAUGAGGACAGUCUGUCUCCAGAGGCCUGCUACGAAUGUAAGAUCAACGGAGAUGUCGGCAAGAAGGGCCGACACAGACGUCACGCUGCUGGAGACAACAACCUCAAGGUGCUGUUGCUACUCUCUUUCCUCUUAUCUUUUUCUGCUCUUUUGCGGUCUCUCACUCUUUCUCAAAUCUACAGGUUAUAAAUGUGUAUGUUUUGUGUAUGUGUAUGUUUUUUGUUAUGUGCUGAACCUCUCCUCAAUCAUCUCUCCAGGAGGUGAGCAUGGCCAGCCUAGACACCCAGGAGUCCAUCCCCAUGAACCUGAGCCUGGCCUCGCUGCACAACAAGGAGCCCCUGCUGGAGCUGCUGCCCGCCUUGGAGCCCCUGGAGCACCAUGUGCGCUACGUCAUCACCCACGGCAACCAGGGCGAGCACUUCCGCCUGCUGGAGCGCCACAAUGGGAAGAGCGUGCUGAGGUUGGGCAGGAAGCCACCUCCCCCCGGCUCCUACCGCCUGGAGAUUGCCAGUCUGCCACUGUUCGGGCCGCGGCGCCUCCGACAGCUGGAAGAUGAACAUGACAGCGACUACCUGCUGGGAGAGAUAGGAGACGCCCUGCGCAUCAAGCUGCACAUCCACCUGCAC